CAAUCAGACUCCAAGCUCAGCCCUGAAGUCACUUAUAUAUAUGACUCACUGGGCUCUGCUGAGCACAGAGCUCUUUCCUUGAGAGAAGCUUUCUGCCUCCUGUCACUUUCUGCAGCUCACUCACCUCCCAGAAUCAGUCCCUUUCUCCUCUCCUUCAGAGCGAAGGUAAGCUUUAUUCCCAACACAAUUGUGCUCUUUGUUCAAGGUGGGCAUGGGGGGGGGUGAAGAGGGAGAUUUUGCACUCCUGAGCUUACAAAUACCACUGGGUGUGAACUUAAAUAUUAUGAGACCUUAUUUAUUUAUUUAAAAAAACACACACAACCGUUUCCUUCUUUUUACAAUGCAGAUUUACCCAGGAAUUGCUCAGCAAUGUUUUAGGAAGGAAAAUAUGGCAAGAUGCAUGUGUGUGAAAGUUCAGUCUUAUAGAAGCAAAGUCCUUUCUAUCCAGUGAGCGCCCUGAAAAUUUGCCUGAUGGCAGAGGGGUGUAUUCCUAAAUUAUGAUCAGUCAACUCCGCUCAACAAAAAGCCCUGGGUUUUUAUACCUAAGCAUUUCAAAUAACAGGUCCUUGCUUCCAAAUUCUUUUACAGCUUGAGCACUGAAGAGGAAGAGAGGUCAGGAGAAAACCCCCAGAGAGGGAACAAUUUUUAUAUCCACACACAUAUUAAUGAGGAAGAGGGAUCCUUUCUUCAUUUGAGGGUGACCGUUUGAGACUUGGAAGUUCCAAGGUCAAAGCUUUUACCUGCCACAGAUAAGCAGAUAUGUAGGUUUUGAGUGUGACUUUUAAAUGAACCCGUGCUUCUGCUUUUCCCCCACAUAAAAGAAAAAGAGAUAUUGUAGCUCUGCACAUUCUUAGGUUUGGAGAAAAUGAGAGUUGUCAGAAACUUGGCUGUUGUGCUAGCAGGUGCCAGACUGCAAGGGCAGAGAAGAGAUUAUCAGCUGGUCAGAACCCUUGGUGUCUCAUUUGUUCAUUUGCUCUGAUUCAACAAUUUAGAUCCACAACUGGACCACCUUUCUGUUUGCACAAAGAGUGUUGUAAUAAAUGUAUGUGUGCAUGCAAGUGGUGGAGAAAGUCUAGUUACUCUUUUUGUCUACACACACACACACACACACACACACACACACGAUAGGCACCAAUAAACUUACAGUGCUGUUUCUGGGAAGGGGGAUUCUCAGCUGCAAUAACUUUCUGCUGAGUUUGUGCUUCUCUAGACUGGGGACACUGGGUUGUAUCCCUUGUAAUAUCAACCUAUAGGUCGCUGUAAUUUACUUUUAAUUUACCAAGGGCUUGUGCACUGGUGGUGUUUCAUCUUGCGGCUGCUGUUCCAGGAGGCAAUUUCUGCCAUUUAUCUCUAGGUAGUGGCAAUCCUGUUCCUAAGAAGUAGGUAGAAACAAUUUCCUACUCAACUGGAGAGUAAUUGUAGCCUCUCUCUGCUGUAAUUGCAGCGGCUGCUUGCUACUUUCCUGGGUUUAAUGAAGAGCAAAGAGCUCAAAAGGAGUAGCGAGAGAGGAACUACAAGUGAUUUGGGCUUUGCCACCCCACAUUUCUGGGUUUAUCUAAAGGAGUAAGGUGUGUAUUCUCUUAAUACAGGGAGAGAAUGUGUCUUUCCCCCUACCUUCAGAUGAGACACAGAACCCAAAGGGAGGAAUUCCAACCCAUAUGCUAAUGGUUUACAUCCAAAGCAGUCCUAAGACUCAAGCAAGAUGUGAUAGGUAGCAGAGACAUGUGAAUACAUCCCUGCUUCUAGAAACUCUUACGAACAGCAGUUGCAAAUUAAAUUUGGGACUGUGGCAUAGGAGUGGAGGACCAUUUCCCCAAGGAAACUCCUCUUCAACUACUUUUCUUCUCCUGGCACAAACUACCAUAUAUAUGCACAUGCCAGAAGAACAUAGUGUUUGCACAAGCUGUGAGAUGUGCGCAACAAGCACUACCUGAUUAGCAUGUUUGUUUAAAAGUGAUGUAGGAGCUGAAUGAAUGACCUGGACAAGAGGGUGGUGGUGGCAUGUUUUGCGGUGUGGUCAACUGAGAUCAAAGCAUGCAGUGAUACCAUCAGUAUGUACACAGAGGAUUCAAAAGCAGCUAUACCUCAAACCACUCAAUCACAUUUUGCAUUUUCACUAAUUUGGCCUGUGUAGGUCACAUUCAGUUUCCAUCUCUGCUAGAAUGAAAUGCAUAUUAUAUCAACGGGUUAUGCUAACUAUGGGACAGCAGUCUAUUCUCUCUAUUUCUGAAUAGGAAAAUGAAAUAUGUGAAUACGCUGUAAUGCCUAAACUAUCUCAUGAUAUAAAUGCGAUAAACAACACAAGCUUUUGCAAUAAGUUUGUUUGAAUUUGGUUUUAAUUUACUGAACACUGGAAAAGUAAAGCAUCUUCAGAUAUGGCACUGUGAUGAUUAGGCUGCUGUAUUUAAUUUUUUUUUAAGUGUUACGGUUUAUGAUUGCCAUACAGAUACUUAUAUGCAUUUAAAUUAUAAAUAUUGUUACAUUUUCUAACAAAAUAACUUGAAGGGGGUGGGAAAUAUAUGUUUGGGGCUGAAAUUAUAUAGUCUUAACCGACUUGAGCAAAACAUGGGGAGUUUCAGAUUGUCUACAUUGUCAUUGAGUUUUGGAUGGAGACAAUUUCAUUAUAAGAUGUUUGGUUGUUGAUAGGGAAUGUGAAGCAGGGAAUGUGAGGAGAUGCUGCUGCAAUAGCGAUGCCCCUGGGCAGAAUUGAAGAACCUUUUCAGCCUGAGGGCCACAUUCCCUCACAGGAAAGCUUCUAGGGGCCACAAGGCAGUAGUGUGUGUGGCCAGAAUCCAACAUGGGCAGAGCAACAGGUGGGAAAGCUACCUGUGCAUAACAGGCUAUGUUCCAUCUCUGCAAAAGUCAGAGGCUUUUGUCCCCACGCCUCUGUAUCCAGACAAGCAAGAGGUUUUAUCCCAGUUCAAGGACACUUUCCAGCCAGGCAAAAGUACUGGGGAGAUGGGAGAUGUCUGGGGAGUGUGGCCAAAGGGGAGUCGCAAGGGACAGCUACAGAGACCUGGAAGGUUCCAUUCAGCCCCUGGGACUGAGGUUCCCCACUCCUGCCCUGGGGUUAAGCCUAUCCAAGUGACGAAACAGUCUCAUGGGCAGACAGAGUAGAUGACCUGAACAUGUUUGUUGUUCUCUAAUGCUUCGUACUCCAGCAGUGAGGGAGGGGGAGAGCAGGAAGGAGAGUUUGCAUUAGAGCUCCCAGCAGGCAGUCUGCAUAAGAGUGUUCUCAGGUGCAAAAGGAAUGCCUCAGUCUGCAAACUUUCUAAUUCCCUAAGACGUUUCAUUGGCCGUUUUCAAAGGGCAAUAGCAAUCGGAAUGUCAGGGAAACAUUUGGCAAGCAAGUGAUAACUAGUUCAACUAGUUCAAGGAAAUGUUAUCAACCAGUCCUCUUUCUUUUCAGCCCACAGUUCUAAAUAUUCACUAGGAAGGAAGUCUCUGGAUUUACUUCCAAAUACAUUCAGGAUCCCUUGGACUGAAAACAUUAUUUCAUUUGUCACUUGUCCUCCAAAAUUCUGAGAUAGCAUUUAGGGAGAUCAGGGUUUCCCCUUGCUUUUUUGUCUGCUUCUGUCAAACGUGUACCUUAUUAUGACUAUAUGUGAUUUGACCUCUGGAUUUGACCUCCCCUAUACCCUGAGCUUAUCUGUGGUGGUGGUGGCAGUGCUCUGAUCUGUGGCAGGUGGCUGCAAAUCAGCAGCCAUUUUAAUCACCCACAAUGACCUGACAUGGCAUCCCUCUGGAGCAUUGUGGGAAAUUUAAAGUGGAAGCUUGGUAAUACUGGUGCUGAGGCUGACACAGAGUUGGCAUCAGUGUUGGUGGGCCCUGCUGGGUGUUGGCACCAGAACAACUGAUGCCAGGACUGACUAAGGCAGCUAUUUAUAGUUGAAUGAACUUAUAGACAAAGUAUGCAUAACAAUGAAAAAGGCUUUGGUUGCUGUUUUAAAAGGAAGCUGACUUGAACAGAGUCAUGUCAAUGGUCCACCUAGUUAUCCACCAACUGGCAGCUGCCCUCCAGACCUUUCCCACCCCAGCCUGGAGACGCCAGGGAUUAAACCUGGACCUUCUGAACACAAAGCAAGUGUUCCAUCACUGAUCUACAGCCCUUGCCUAGGAAGUAAUGGACAUUUUUGUUAUUCUGAAGCCUCAAAAAGUAAGCACAAGCCCUUAUAAUACACUGCUUCCCUGGCAUGUAAUCCACAACAUGCAAAAAUAAUGAAUUCAGCCUUACUGAAUAUCUUCUUUCCAUGGAACCUCUUUGUUUCUCUGUGUUGAAAUCUAAACUGGCACCCCAGGUCAAACCAUGAAAAGGCUUUGUCCAUAAGGAAGCAGAGGUGGCAAACAUUUUGAAAGAUCCACUGCACCUAAGCCCCGAUUCACCUGAAGUUAGUUGUAUGACUAAGUUCCAUUGAAAACAACUAGAGACUUGUAAUCAGUUAUUUGGCUAGUAAAUUGCAGCACCUAUGUACACGCCCCUUCCCUGUUGACACCCAAUCAGGGCGCACUGGGAUGGUUUCUCUGUCCCGUCUCCUUUCUGUUACCUCUCUUGGGUGCCUCCUGUGCCCUUUCUCUAUGAUGCAUGCACUGUUGUUGACAGGGUUUCAGUGCCACAAGAAUGACAAAGUUAGGAUGGAACUUGAACUCACAUCAUGACUAACAUUUGCAAUGGUUUCAUUGGGACUUUUGCUAGAUUGGGAUGAUGUGAUGUAAACUAUUGAUUCGGGUCUGAGAAUAGUUCGGCACUGAGUGCUUAUUUCAAAAAGAAAAGAAAAAGAGGAUCAGCAUCAUAUGAAAAAGGAAACACAUCUGUAGUGUUAAUUUACAGCACUCUUAUACCACUUUGAUGUCAUGGCUGCACCCACCCCCCAAUCCUGGGAAUUGUAGUUUGUUAUGGAUGCUUCAAAUCAUAAUUCUCUGAGAGGUAAAUGAUGGUUCCCAGGAUUCUUUAGGGAAAGUGGUACAGUAUAAAUGUGCUUUAAUGGUAUGGUGUGAAUAUGGCCGGUGUUUCAAAGGUGAACAAAAAUAAGGAUUUAAUGGUCCAAAGUGCUUGGAAUAUAUUCUUCCUCAGCAGCAAGCAAGUGUACAAUACUGUCGCAUCAAUAAUGGCCAUUCGUUUUGUCACAAAGUCUCUUAACUCUUCCCUUCAACCCAGUAUUGGUGCUUUCUUUCCUUUUCCCUUUUGUUCCUGGUUUGGGACCUUCAUUAGACAUAAUCUAUUUUACUCAUUUUUUAAAAAACCACUUCAAUUGUUGGAACAGUCUCCUGUUUUUUAAAUUACAGUUAUCUGGACAUAGUCCAGAAAAUUGGGAAUUGCUUAUGAGACGGUGCCCACACAAAAUUAGAAAUUAAUUGCAAGCUUCAGUUGGUCACAAAGCAUGGCAGAGGGCACAGUGUGGCGUAUCUAAGUGUUCCUGAUGAAGAAUAUCUUUAAAACACGCUUUGCUUUUCUGUGCACCUUGAGACUUCCAUCUCUCUUUUUGCGUGAGUGGAUGUGCUUAACUCAAAAGUGAAGGGAAUACUUGGCGUUCCCUUUAUUCGAAGGGCUUCUAGCUCUGAUAUUGACCACUGGCAGACUGUGUGGCAUAGUGGUAAGAGUGAUGGACGUGAACGGGGCAGACCCAGGUUCAAAUCUCUGCUUGGCCAUGAAGCUCAGUGUGUGACUUUGGGCCAGUCGCGAUCACUCAGGCUGGCGAUAAAAUGCGGGGGAGAUCUCAUCUGAGCUCCUUGGAGGGAAAGUGGGAUAUUGUCAAGUGAAAUGAAUAAAGUUCCGGGUUCAACGCCUGCCUUCUUCUUUCAAAGCAGGGAUGGGGAGCAUGGGGCCCUACAGAUUGCUGUUGAAUUGCAAUUCCCACAGUCUCUGAUCACAUAGGCUAUUCUGGGUGGGGUUGGUUGGAGCUGGAGGUCAGCAACAUCUAGAUAGGGUUCCCAUCCCUGAUCCAGAGGAUCUCAGCCCAAGAGGGCUGUGGAAAAGCCCUGCUAGUUUCUUCUGCCAGUCAGCAUAGAUAAUAUUGGGAUAGAUAAGCCAAAGGAAUGACUUGAUAUAAAGUAGAUAUGCUCUCUAGGUUCCACAUCAUUCGUGUGUGUGUGUGUGUGUGUGUUCUAGUUUAUUUAUUAGAUUUUUAUACCGGCCUUCACCAAAAAUGGUCAUGGGACAAUUUACAAACAAACAAACAAACAAAGAAUACAAGCAUAACACAGAAUAACCAAAAUCUUUAAAAUAAUUAUCACAGAUUACAUAAAUAUCAUAAAACACCAUAAAGGUGAGUUAACCCACCAGCCACUGAAAAUUCAGCAGAAAAGAUGGUUUUUGAACCCUGUAUCUGGAAGAAUAAAAAGCUGGAACGAAUCUCUCCAGAUAAGAGUUAGGAAUAAAGGCAUCCACUGAUCCAAUAAUUUGAAAAGUCCCAAGAUUUUUUACUUUGGCACAGGCAAAUUUUCUACACAACGAAUGAAAUCUCAGGUUGUAUGAAGAAGUUCAUAGUCUUGGACUCCAGAAGGUGGGAAGGAAUAGGCGUCUCUAUUUUAACUCAAUUGCUUCAGGCUCUUUGCUUGUAGUAGCUGCCAGGUGCCUAGAGUCCUCAUUCUGAUUGCCAAGUGCGUAGUUAGUUUGGUUUGAAACUUAUGUGAAGUGGUACAUUAAACAUUGGCACAGGCUCAGCAGCAGUGAAGAGUGCAGGGCCUGUGAAUGGCUGCUGGCUACUUCUUUCACUUUAAAGGACCAUCUGCCUAUGAAAAUCAUCUAGAAAUGCUCCCAAAUAUUUAAUUUAAGCAAAAGAAAACAUUGACAUUCAGCUAGAGAGUCAAGAGGGUUGGUGAAAAACAGGGAGCUUUAUUUUGGUAUAUUACUUUGGGAGGGGAAUUUAAGAGCAUUUUAAAAGGCAUGCAGAGGAUAGAGAAAGGAAAGUUAAAAUGGGAAAACACACCUUUAUAUAUUUUUUUCUAACUCUCUCAGAGAGAGAUGGAGAAUUACUUUGUCGCUUGCUGCUUUUUUAUAAUACCAUUUUAAAUUUCAUUGCUAUUGUUGUUUUAUCUGCAUAUUUUCUAACUAUAUCUGUGUAUACCCAAAAAAGUAAUGUUAUUGGCCCAUAAGAAAAAAAAAUCCAUAUACCUUUAUGAGGUCAACAAAAAUGUCACAAAAUAUCCAUCAUAUUCUCCAGAACUGAGUGUAAGCAACACAAGGAAGGGUGAAAAAAGGUUGGCUGAUGAUAUUCAUGCAAGGCAUUCGUGUCUCCAUCUGGUUAGAGUCUUAAGAUGGGAGUGUGAGAGGAGGCAGAGGACAUUUCUCAAAGGUUACUUCAGGUGCUCUCAGGUUGCACCCAGGCCCCUUGGGGAUGAGAAACCCAUAAUGGCAGAUUCCCCAUAACUGGAAAUGCACAAAGCAGCUGUUAUUCAGGUCUGACUCCAUUUUUAGGUGAAACACACAGGUUUGUUGGUAGGUGAAGAGCAGAAAUAAAAAGAAACUAGGCAGUAUUUAUAUUAACAAUGGUAGAGCUUAAAUUGAGGUGGUUGUGCUAGAUUGUUUUUAAAAGAGUAAAUAGAAGCCAAAUGGCUUACCAAGCAGUUGGAGGGAAUGUCCCCUCAGAGAAUAAAGUCCCAGAUUCAGGUAACAGAAGAUCCACUUCCUCUAGGCCAGGCUUCCUCAACCUCAGCCCUCCAGAUGUUUUUGAGACUACAAUUCCCAUCAUCCCUGACCACUGGUCCUGCUAGCUAGGGAUCAUGGAAGUUGUAGGCCAAAAACAUCUGGAGGGCCGAGGUUGAGGAAACCUGCUCUAGGCUAAGAUCCUGCUGCUGUAUCGAGCUAAAUGUGGUAUUUUCCAAGUCAAACAAAAAGUAAAGGUAGCCAUUUUGGCCCACGAGAAAAACACUACCACCCAGUCAACCUAAACAUAUCACAAUCUGAAAUCUGUGGGGGGGCCACUAGGGGGCGCAUUGGAAGAUGGCCGACAAUACCAUCUCUCCGACCCACACGGGGUAAUUAAGAGGCUGUUAUGGGAGUAGGCAGCCUCCCUUGUUGCCCCAAGGAAAUGGGGAACACUGCCCUUGCCUGCUGUGCCCAUAAAUCACCCCCUAAUUCGUGAAGGUACGUUUUUUCACCUUUGGUGGACGUGCCCAAAGAUCAAGGCCUUCUGGGAAAUGAUAUAUAAUGAAUUAAAAAAGGUAUUGAAAUACACUUUUGUGAAGAAACCAGAGGCUUUCCUCUUGGGCAUGGUCGGCCAAUUGGUGAGAAGGGAAGACAGGAAUUUUUUAUGUAUGCGACAGCAGCGGCAAGAAUACUCAUUGGGAAAUACUGGAAGACACAAGAAUUGCCUACCCGAGAAGAAUGGCAGAGGAAAGUGAUGGACUAUAUGGAACUGGCUGAGAUGACCGGCAGAAUUCGAGACCAGGAAGAAGGGUUGAUGGAAGAAGACUGGAGAAAAUUUAAAAUAUAUCUUCAGAAACACUGCAAUAUAAAAGAAUGUUAGAAAAAGGUUGGAAAAGAAUAUUAGACCGUAUUGGCAGACAGGGUAUAAUGGAAUAAGUAAAUAUGAAGUGUAAAAUGAGGAUAGAGGAGAAUUAAAUACUUUCGAAUGUUAAAAUAAGUAAAAGAAAAGAAGGUUAGAAGGAUUUGCUGGAGAUACGAUUUAAACUAGAAUACAAAGCAGGGAGGUGAGAGGAAGUCAUGGAAAUAAGUAAAUGGGAAAAUGGUUUGUAAUGGUCAAAUAUGUUUUUUGUUAUUUCUUUUUUUUUUACUGUGAUUUUCUGUUUUUCUUAUUCCUUUUUUAUUGUCUGUUUUUUAUAAGAUGUAUGUGGUUUGUGUUUCUCUUUUUUUAUACUUUUUCUUUUUUUGUAAUUGUAAAAUUGGAAUAAAUAUUCUUUAAAAAUAAAUAAAUCACCCCCUAAUUCGAAAGAAGGGGGUGAGGGCUCUAGGCAGAAUGCCCCCAUGUGGACAUCGGCUCUCCUGGACGCUGUCUCUGAUCGCGCACUAGUUGCAGCAAUUUGGAAUAAUUAAUUACAAAAGAAGCAAAUGCACAUAUUUCAAGUGAAGAAGGGGAGUGAAGUCUGCUAAUUUAAGUGACCUCUGCGAAAGAAGACGACGGGCUGGAGAAACAGGAAUAUUUUACGAUGAAGAUACACCAAAGGCGGGGUAUGUUGACAAUGGGGCUGAAUGGGGGGGGGACCUUUUUUACUUUCCUUCUAUGUGAUUUGCAAGAACCCCUCCUCAUUAGAACCAUCGGUUGAACUGACCCAAGCAGGAUGAUUAAAGUCUGUGUGGAGAUAAACUUUAACCAAAAGUAUGCUUUAUGGAGACCGAGAAGCAAUAAGAGCUUUUGGGAAUGGCGCAGCAAUUAAUUCGAGUCGCCAUCUUGCCAAAGGAUUUAUAGCCGGGAGGAAGAACGGAUUUGUUUUCAGACUGCAUUCCUAGUGAAUCUCCUCAGAGGUUUUGAGAAAGGAGGCAGAUUGGUGAAGAUUAAUGACGCUAAGACUGUUUUGAUGUAUGGAAGUGAUGUUAUAUGGAAAACGUCUGGAUAUGGCUACUGGAAAAAAUUAAUAUCCAUGCAGGAUUACAAACUGUUCUAACCAGUUUGCGGAGACUAUCAGAGGUCACAAAGAGAAAGGAAAAUAUAUGAAAAUAACAACAAGAGAUGUGGAAAAAUAAUAAGAAAGGACUGGAUAGUACUGUGAACAUCAUAAGGUCAGAUUUGUGGACAUUAAAACAGCAGUAAGAAGCAAGAAGUUGAUUGGAUCCCUUCGGAACUUGAAAUAUGGGUACCCCCAACAAAAAUUUAAAAUUCGGCUGUGUAAUUUGGAAUUUAUGUAAUUUGGUUUGAUUUGAUGACAAAAAAAACCAACCUGAAAUCUGUGUGCCAUCAAUUAGCACCUCAUUUGAACAUCUACUCCUUCCUCCCACACCUUGCACUCUGGUACAAAAGGCAUGGGCUUGUCAAAAGAGGCCAUGACAUUUCAAGCUCCUUAACUACCUCAUAUUGUACAGAGCCUAGCACAAUGCUUCCUGAUGCUGACUGAGACCUCUAGAUGGCACUAGAAAGCAGCAGCAUGGGGCAGAGCAUAUUAAGAGUGUCCCUGAAGAAUCCUGGCCGUUCUCUCAAGUGACCAACCAGGUGUCUAUGUGAAGUCUGCAAGCAGGACCUAAGGACACACACACACCCCUGUGCACUUGUGAUUCCCAGCAACUAGCAGUCAGGGGUUUAUGGUCUCCGGCUCUGGAGCUAGUACAUGUUUAUGACUGGCACUUCUCCAGGAACUGAGUAGGAUUGCCCAGAUCAGGUUAUGUUGCUUGAUGCCUCCAUCUUGCCGAAUUCUGCCACUGGAAGAGUCAUUAAUUAAAAUAACACCACUUGCUCCAGGGAGAUACAAGAGAAUUACUUCUUGCACUCAAGAGCAUCCAAUACCAAUUAAUUGCUCCUGAACAAAAUGGAUCCUAAUGAGUAGCAGAGGGAUGGGGGCUUGGGGGCCCCUGGAGUGUGUGCUUAUAAUUGGAGUGGGGACUGAAAUUCCCAUUAGUGAUUGUUCAUUCAGAGCUCGUGAUAGCUUAAUCCAUAGUCCAUAAAUCAGGGACAAAAAGGCAUGGUCUGUUAUUACAUACAUGGAAGCUGGCAAAACCCUAACAUUUGAACAACUGACAUGACACACUAUAGUUGUUGUUGUUUAGGCAUUUGUAUGGUGUUUUUCUUAUAUGCUCAAACUACGUGUGCCGUGUCAGUCAUCUUUACAAGAGGGAUGGGGAACUUCACAGGAUCAGAUCAAAGGCCCAUCUAGUCCAGCGUCCUCUGUGACCAACAAGAUGCCUCAAAGAAACCCACAUACCUAUAGUAUUGCCUGCAGCAAAUUAUUAGAGUUAUUUAUUUACUAAAAGGGCUCAAUCAAAGGCAUCAAAUAAGCAAUUGGCUUGUUAAGAAUGCCAGGUGUUUGUUAUUUAAAAAAAUAUCCCAGUUCUUGCCUAAAGCAUGAGAGAGAUGGUCAAGAAUCUGCACUCAUUCAGACCCAGGUCCAUGAAGUAAAAGUGAAGGGGUGGGAUAGGGUGGCCAUGUGUUCUGUUUUGCGGAAUGCAGUCCUCUAUCCUCUAUAGGGCAGUAUAUAUAUAUUAAAGAAUCCUAAGAAGGGACAGCAGGGGACUGGAAGUUGCCCAUCAAUUGCCUGCUCAGCAGACUGUGUGCGCCAAGUUAUCUGAACAGGUCAAAUUAUGGCCUGCCAAAGUUAUGAUUAGUCAGUACCAGCCAGGAACGUCAAUGUGACUUUCAUCCCCCCCCCCCAAAAAAAAUGUGGCUCUCACCUGUACAGGAUGUGGAGGGUUCAACAAUUAUACUAGCAAGGCAGUGGGAAAUUUGAGCAGGCAUGUAGCCUUACCCUGCAGGAUGUAGCUGUACAAGACGCUAAAAGCGCCCCUGAGUUUCUUGUGUACAUGAACAUGAUUGGAAUGGAAAGUAGAGCAGACUGUAGAAGAAUGCCAUUGAGAAGAAUGCCAAGUGUAGAUCUUAGAGUUGCAUAAUGGUCCCAGGAAAUGCAAAACAGGACUGAAUGAUCUUGUGUGAAAAUGCCCUUUGUCUCAGAUGACUUUUAGUGCUGGGGAUUGUUAAAGGAUUGUAGAUCUGAAAUUAUGGAUUGAUUUGCCUCCUAGUUUCAGAGAAAAGCUUGAGUACAGACAGAUUGGUCCUGUGAAUGUUUACUUACAAUGAGUCCCACUGCGUUAAUUGGGGCAUUAAAUCUGCCUAGGAUUGCAGCCAUUGUCUCCUGAGGCACAAGAUCUAGAAUGCAAAUACUUCUCCUGCCUCCAAACAUGCUUCUUUCAAAAUGCUCAUGAUUCAUUUACAUCACACAUACGAUUAUAUGGUUCUGCAGUGCUGCAUAAGUUUUGCAUUCUGAAGGCGUAUGACAUUAAUAGUAUUUCACCUGUUCUAUCCUCCUGAAGUAAAACACUUCAGCUAUUAACUUGUGUAUCUCUACAUUCUCCUGUUGUCUAUACUAGCUAAUUUAUUCUCAUAGAGUUUUAUGGGCACUGUGACAGACUGCAGAAUCAAUUUAACUUCCUCUGCCUCACCCUCUUUUGAGGCUGAAUUGAACAUCUUGCAACCAUAGAGUGUCCUGCGUAACUGUGAUGUGCAAUUCUGAAAAUUUGAACUUUGAUCUCCUUUCUUACCUAACCCUUCCCCUUGGAAACUUCAGCUGGUGUGCAAUUCAGGAGCCAGGUUGCUCACCAGGGCAAGACGAUUUCAGCAUAUUACACCAAUCCUGGUCUGACCAAUUAGUUUCCAGGCCCAAUUCAAAGUGCUGGUUUUGACCUAUACACCCUUAAACAGCUCAGGACCACAAUGCCUCAAGGACUGUCUCUUUCCAUAUGAACCUUCCCGAACCCUGAGAUCAUCUUCUGAGGCCCUCCUUCGUGUGCCUUCUCCUCGAGAGGUCCGGAGGGAGGCACACGAGAAUGGGCCUUCUCUGAAGUGGCUCCCCAUCUGUGGAAUGCUCUCCCCAGGGAAGUUCCCCUGGCCCCUUCAUUAUACACCUUUUGGCACCAGGCAAAAAUGUUCCUUUUCAACCACGCCUUUGGGCGGUGAUCUGAUUUACAUCCUAUGCCAUUUUAAAAUGUGUUUUUUGUUUUUGUUUGCGGGGGGGGCCUAAUGGGUUGUUUUUAUUUUUAUUAGGUAUUUUGUGGUUUUAUAUCUUGAUUUUAUUCUGUGAACCACCCUGAGACCCCCGGGUAUAGGGCAGUAUAUAAAUUCAAUAAAUCAUCAUCAUCUUUCCUAGCCUGUAACCCCUUGCUGGCAUUCAGGAAGGUGACAGUUGAUACCCGCUGUCUGCUGUCAUUUAACUUGAGUUUUGCUGUUCUUUCAUUCCAAACAAUUCUGGGCACAAUUCCCAAGAUUCCCUAAAACUAAGUAGUGAUCCCUUAACCACGUUGCUUAACCUAGAAAUCAGCAUGCAGUAAUUAUUGCAACUCAGCACAUAGAGCUAGAAAGGGCUCCCCAUGGGAAUCAAGGUACAAAAGCAGAGGACUAAAAGGUUGCCUUGUGAGGAACAUCAUCAUAGGGUCAUUUCUUCAAAUUCUGUGCAACAAUAUUUGACACUAUCAAAGGUCACUGCUUUCCCCCCACUAUGAGCCCCAGAACAAAUGCGCAUGCUGUGGUGAGGCACGAUGUCCUUCAUGAUCGUAGUAUGUCCAAUAUGCUGUAUUUGAGUCUGUUUAAUCUCCAGUUUACACUCACCUGAUCUUUCCCCCCUGAAUUUUGCGUAUGAAGUGCCUCAUUCAUGGUCAAACACAAAGCCUCUUUCCCCCACUUUUAAGUAAUAACUGAAAGAGAGGCUCACAUUUCACUUCCAUUUAGUUAGUAUGUAUUUUUAAGCAUAAUCCCAGUUUGAGAUCAAGGACCUCCAUGUUUAAUCAAAGUUUUCUCCAGGAGAAAUAGUACCAAGUUUCCUAGAAAUCCUACCCUCUUCCUGCUCCUUAUUACUAGCAGAGAUGAGGGACCAUCUUUUACCUGUUAUCUCUAUACUCUCUCUUAAUGCUUUACAAGUUAUUCCCUUGUUCUUCUCAGGACUUGGUUUUCCAGAUAGCUCAGCUUUCAUAAUCUGAUCCUAAACUCUAUGAAAGUUGAGCUCUAAUUACAGACAAUGAGUUGCACACAACAACUAGUUGUCCUAGCUGUGCAUCCCCAUCUGCAGCAAAGAUACAUCCAAUCAAGUCGGUAGGUCCUGCAUGAGCAUCUAUGAGCCUCACCUGGAUAUAGGAGGAGUCUGCUAUUCAGGGCCGGUUCUAGUUUUGAGCAGACCAUGGAGUAAAGUGCCCUUGGUGGUCCAUUUCCUCCAUCCAUAGACCAGCAAUGGGGAGCAACAGCAGUCAAAACUCCGUUCAGAGCACUGGCUGGCUGAGUCUGUAUAGGUUGAGAACAUAAGCGCAAACCAGGUCUCAUUCCCAAACUAAACUAUUUGUUUUUACAAUACACAGGAAAAUGCCAGGGCAGCUAACUUACAUUAUAAGGGUAAUAACUUGUGCAACGUUACUGAAAUUUGUCCCUUCUUAUUGGGCCAGGAUUGUUCCAACCUCUGGGGAAAUUUUGCAGGCCCAAGUGCUUCUAUUGGCACCAGCGAUAGGGGCUGAUCUUGGGAGAGUUGGGAGGGCAGUGACCAGAAGGGCUGGUGCCCCUCAAAUCCAAAUGCCUAAAAGUAUUGAUGACACAGAUCCUGGCUGAGAAGCUGAUGGGUUGAUGUACUGCCCUACAGUUUAUUUACUCAAAGCUCUCUUUCCAGUGUUGGUGAAGCUGUAACAAGAGAGGGAGCCUCAUGCAUGUGAUGAGCCUACUAGGUUUCGGCAAAGCAUUUUUGAUGUUGUUUCUAAUAUUAUAGUUAAAUCAUUGAACCCAAUCCCUGCCCAGGCCCUACUGUCACUAGAUGCCAUUCUAACCCCCUCCCUCACCAGCACCCUUAUACAUAAGGACCUAAGUGCCAUGUUGUUUACCUCUGUCCAUUUAGAGACCACCUUCCCUUGGUCCAUCUCUGAUGGGAUGGAAAGGGAAAGUCUGGGAUCUGGCUCUUUCCAAAUAUCAGAUUUCAUUCUCAAACUCACCACAGGAUAUAACACAACGCGGAAGGGUUGUUAGAGGCAAAACUAAGCACAGUCGUUUUGCUAAGGUAUGGUCUCCACAUAUCAGCUAUGUAAAUGGAAGUGACGUUAAUGUUAGACCUCUAGCCACUCAUGCUUACGUAUGGAAAGGCUAUGUCAUGGGUAGUUGAAGUCUUGGCACUGUAUUCAAUGAUUCAGUUAUUUGACAGUGUCCUUGCUCAAUUGUCUUCUUAUAUAUGACUGGUAUAAGAAUGCAGCUCUACAGAUUUUGUUGAAAUUGAGCAAUGUUAUUUUACUAUCAAAUUAAUAUGUUGUUGUUGUUGUUGUUACUAUUAUGGCUGGCAACCCCUGUGCUAAGGCAUUCUGGCUUUCCUCUUAAAGCAGGGGUCACCCACCUCUCUUGGCCCAUGGCCACAUUUGCAAGCCUGAGAAACUGAGAAAACACUCCACAAUAAAGCAAGCAUUGCGAUGUGUUCUGUUGGCUACACUAGAAUGCUUACUUCAAGACUAAUUUCAGCAGGAGAAGGGAGCCUGUUGGCACAGGGAAGGCCUGUGCAGGUACAUUGAUGCCCAUGGACACCACAUCGGUGACUGCUGUGCAGCAGUGCAAAACACAACCAUAUUAAUUUCCCGCAGUGUCCCUGGCACAAUAGGAAAGGCUUAUCUCUUUUGUUAUGGUCCAUUUCUGAGAAAUAAUUGCAUAGUUCUUUGUCAUCAUGGUGCAAAGGUGAGUGACCCCUUUUCAGCCACAUUCCAUUCUGGGCAACCUUCCAAGGCUCGCGUGCAAGUGGUGAGGAGAGCCAGAGGCAAGAAUGGGCAGAGCAAUGAACGUAAAUCUUCCCUUUGUACACUAGACUAGCUUGUCCAGUAAGAGGCAUUAACACUCAGGGAGUGCGUGAAGCAGCGCCAGUAAGGGAUGUGGCCAAUGAGAGGAUACCGUCUGGGGAGACAGGCCUUGAAGGCCAGAUUUGGCCCCCAGGCCUGAGUUUCCCUGCUUGUGCCACAAAAACCUUUCAUUCUAAUGUUCAGAGUCUCUGUUGGACUUCUUCGGCUCACAACCAGAGCCCUUUUCAGAUGGCACUAUGGAGAAAUGGACACACAUAGGCAGAGAGGCAGCAACAUGGCAAACAAUUCUGCCUCUAACCUGUGCACAUUCAUUUUGAAAUCUGAAAUGAAAGUGUAGUAGCUGGGGCAGAAGGCUGCCACCGCGAUGCCACCUCCCCGCUAUGUGUUACACGUCUCCACACCUGAAAAGGUCUCAAGAGUUGCUUUUGCCUUCUGUCUCGUGCCUUCUUUUCUAAGGCUCUCAGCUCUUGAGUUCUGAAAUCAGAAAAGUUUCCACUUGUGUUUGAUCUAGGGCAAGGCCAUCGAUAACGCCAUCUCAAAAACUUGACUCUUGCUGAUGUUGACAUCAUUGGCCUGUUUGUUUUAGGUGGAAUUUUAAUCAUGGGACUUCUUUUGUCCUUCUGACUCUUGCCUUCCCUCAACCCUCCUUGCUUUGUUCCUGAUUUGUGAGAGUGUCUGCUAGCACUUUCACUCAGCAGGAAAGAUAUAAAGAGAAAAGGCUCAACACACCCAAGUCUGUAACAAUAAAACCACAGCAUGCUGUUCAGAAAGUUGAAAUAAAUACUGGAAUAAGAAACCGGAGAGGGUGCAUGUGUGUCAGGUGGAGAGGGGAGAAAUACACUUUCAUCAGAGUUCAAUUCCUGACCAUAUCCUUGAUGAAGUUUCUGGAUCAAGCUUUGAAAAUCUGGGAAUCUAAGGCUGCAAAUUCAUGUGCACCAACUUGGGAAGAAGUCACACUGAGUUUAGUCACAUUUUCUUUGGUGUAGCAGGGAUCAGGCUGUAAAGAAAGGAUAGAGAAACUGCAUUUGUCCAAGCGCAGCUCAAAUUCCUUACACUAGUGGAACUGUUAAAUUUACCCAAUGUACCCUAAUAUAAUGCAUUUCUGUAUGUCAUUUUCACUAAUAUUGCAUUGUUUUGCACAUUUUACUCCUGUAUGUGCAUUUUCGUACACAUUACUUGACUGGAGAAUUACAUUGCUUGUGUAUUGUUUCAGGAAGUGCAGUUGAAGUAGAUUUACCUUUAAAUAUGAACUGAAUCCAAUUUCUCUCCCAUCCCUACUAAGGAGAAACUUGCCAUGACAUGACAUCAGAUAUCUUUUAUCACACUAUCAAUGAAUCUUCGGCGAUCGCUCAUUGCCGAGUAAGAUUGUCUUCCAUGAACAGUGAGUCUGUAAGUGACUGUGGAGGCCAAUUCUGGAUCCACACAUCCUUCCACAGUGGGGACAUUGGUUUCCGGGCGGGAGUUGGUCAUGGUGAGGGUUUGCCAAGCAUGCUUUCCUCUUAGCACGUUUCUCCCUUUUGUCCUGCGUUCGAGUGUCUUCAAAGGCCAUGACACCUUCGGUAAAUGCUGUUCUCCAAUUGGAGCACUCGCAGGCCAGUGUCUCCCAAUUGUCAAUGUUUAUACUACUUUUUAAAGAUUUGUCUUGAGAGAGUCUUUAUACCAGGGGUCAGCAACCUAAGGCCCAUGGGCCGGAAGCGGCCCAUGGAGAUCGUUUGACCGGCCCACAAGCCGCCUCCAAACCAAGCUGCCCACUCGCACGCUGCAUUAAACUGGCACAGCGCAGGCACUUGCUUCCACGGCCGGAAAUCUCUGUGGGACCGAUCCAGCCCAGGCAAGAUAAACUUUGCUGACACCUGCUUUAUAUCUCUUUUGUUGACUACCAGCAUUACGCUUUCCAUUUUUAAGUUUGGAAUAGAGUAGUUGCUUUGGAAGAUGAUCAGGCAUCCGAGCAACAUCCAAUGAAGUUGAUGUUGAAGAAUCAUUGCUUUGACACUGGUGAUCUUUGCUUCUUCCAGUACACUGGCAUUAGUUCGUCCAUCUUCCCAAGUGAUAUCUAAAAUUUUUCGGAGACACUGUUGAUGGAAUCUUUUGAGGAGUUGGAGAUGGCGUUUAUAAGUGGUCCAUGUUUCACAAGCAUACAGUAAGGUUCAUAGUACAAUAGCUUUGUAAACAAGCAUUUUGGUUUCCCUCGAAUGUCCUGGUGCUCAAAUACUCUGCGCUUCAAUUGGGAGAAAGCUGUACUCACAGAGCUCAGGCGAUGCUCGAUUUCGGCAUCAGUGUUGGUCCUUGUCGAAAGAUAACUGCCCAGGUAGGAGAAGUGAUUGACACUUUCCAACGUUACACCAUUGAGUUGGAUUUGUGCCGCUGCGGUGGGAUUGUUUUGUGCUUGUUGGUGCAGCACUUUGGUUUUUUGGAUGUUGAGCAAUAGGCCAAGCUUUUCCUUCUAACUUCUCCCUCAUUCUGUUUGGUAUUUAUUGUCCCACAUGAAGCUGUCUUAUACUUGAUUUAGACCACUGGUCUAUCUAGCCAAGUUAUUUUUGUCAGUGAUGGCUCAAUGGAAUGAGGACAGCUCAAUGGAAUGGGGUAGUUCAGUGGAGACUACCAUUUUAUGCUGCCAAGCACCACCAUAUGGUGCUGGGACCUGGAACCCUUUCCAGUGAACACCAGAAAGAGCCAGAGGAGAAAUAGAAGGAGUGUUAACUCAGCAUCAUGCAGAUGCACAACUGCUGAUUGGUAGCUGCAUCCAGCAUGGGCCAACAUCUAUGCUGAGCCCUGCUACCCACUUGGUAUCUGAACAGUGGCUCUGCUACUGCUUCUUUUAUCCUUCCACCAGGCAGUAGUGUUCUGUGGUUGACAGAAGUAGUCUCUAGCAAAAUGCCUCAGAAGGCACCACUGUUGUCGACUCUGAUUGAUGUUCCCCAGGGUCUAAAGCUGAGAUCUUAACCGGCUUUACUACUUAAGAUACCUUAGGGAUCAGAUCUUGGGCCUCACAAACCUUGUGUUCUAUCAUACGUACUAUCUCUCUCUCCCCUCCCCCAAUAUACCAUUAGAUCCUCAGCAGUGACCUCCAUGAGCUCCAUAGGUAGGAUAACAAAGGUGAAGAAAACCAUAAUAGUAAUAUCACCUCACAGGAAAUGUUGGUAGUGAUUGUCAUAUUUAACUAGUACUUAAAUGACUCAUUCCUACUGGUUAGUGUCUAGGAUGUUCAGGAAUUUUUCAGCCCAGCUUUCCAGUCGGUGUGGCUAGGAAUUGGCCUUUAAAAAACUGGCAUCUCCAACCUGCUUGGGAUCAUUAAAGUUUCCAUGACAUGUUGGAUUUGAUUGUUGUGCUGAUUUCCUGACUCUGUUUCCAUUGGGAUAAUUAUUUAGCUAGCUGACCUAUAUUCCUCAGCAGAGUCACCUCUCUGAGGCAUCCAUUACUUCCUGCUCUGCUCUACCAGGCACUGUUACAAUAAUCAAAGCUCCAUCCCCAGGCGAGGUUACAUCUUCACAGGGAACAAGUAUAGGCCACCAUCCUGGUAGCUGCUUGGAAAAGGAACACAUAAAACAUUUUUUUCAGGGCAGUCCUCACCUACUAUUGCUAUGGGAGCCAAUAAAUUGAAGCUCAGUCUAAACAAGAGUGAGGUGUUGUUGGUGAAUGGUUUCUCUGACUGGAUAAGUCAUUAACAGCCUGUUCUACAUGGGACUGCACUCCACUUGAACAUGCAAGCUCAUAGCUUGUGGGUGUGGCUGGAUCCGCACAACUGGUCAAGGCCUAGGUGGUCUUCGACUAGCUUUAGUUGAUGGUCCAGCUACAACCCUAUUUCUGGACAGGGAUAAUUUGGCUUCAGUGAUCUAUGGUAACCUCUAGACUAGACUACUCCAAUGUGCUGUAUGUGCGGACAGGGCCAUCUUAAGCAUAUCUGGCGCCGUGGUGGGAAGAUCCCUCUGGUGGCCCCCCUCCCGUGUCUCAGAGUUGUUGACCUUUUUAAGGGGAGGACCCCAAAGUUGUUGACAUUUUUUAGGAAAGGUUCCCCAGAGUUGUUCACCUGAACUUGGGAAUUCCACAGAUUUCACUACAGAGAAGGAGGGGCAAGAGCUGGGGGUGGGGGGAACCUACCCCUUCCUUUACUGGAUGAAAAGAGAGCAAGAAAGUGGGACAGAGGAAAGUAGAAAGAAGAGGCCAUUUAACCCACUGACGGACAGGAGAGGAGGGUGGUGGUCAGAAAGCUGAGCCAGGGUAGAAAUAGCGUCGCUCCUUUGCGGCCAAGAAGGAAGUACAGCAGGAGGGUUUUAAAAACACAAACACACAUGCCAAGCCUGGUUGCUCCCUGAUCACCUCGAAGUGAGUGGGUGGGUGGCUGGGUGCGGCGGGACAGCAGCAGAUUGUCCUCGCCCACAACCACACACACAGUGUAUGGGGUGUGCGUGUGCUGCCCGCUGCAUUUCGCAACGCUACUUAAAGGGAGAAAUAAAAGUGCACUUGGGCACAGCUAAGGACGGGUCUGCUUCCCUUCUUUUUUUAAAAAAAAUAAUUUUUAUUAACCGACCAAUCAAAUCAAAUCAAAUCACAUCACAUAAAUUCCGAAUUACAAAGCCGAAUUUUAAAUUUUUGUUGAGGGGACCCAUAUUUCAAGUUCCGAAGGGGGAUUCCGAUCAUCUUCUUGCUACUGCAUUAAUAUCCAAAUCAGUCCAAAUAAAGUUCAUAAUUCUAUCCAGUCUUAUCUUGCUGUUUCCACAUCUCAUCUUGUUCAUACAUUUUUUCUUUUUUCUUUGUGAUCUCUUCUGGUAAUCUCCUUAAGCAGAUAAACACCAAUUGUAAUCCUGUGUGAAUUUUUCCAUUCGUCCAAUCCUCAUAUCGAGAUGGUUUCCAUAUAUCAUCGCUUUCAUAAAUAACAUCGCUCUUUCCAUCAUUUAUCUCGCAAACUGUCGUUCUUAAGUCCCUCUGAGGAGUCUCACACACAAUAUAAAAGCAGCUCUAUUCCUCCUCCCAGACCCAAGUCCUCCGACAGAGCUUGCCAACAUGGCGACGGUAUUUUUAACUGCGUCAUUCCAAAGCUCUUAUGCAUUCCACGAUCUUCUUAAAACAUGCUUUGGUUCGAAAGUUUAUCUCCACACAGUCUUAAAUCCACAACUUAAGUCAUUAAAACGACAUUUCUGACUUGUGAGGGGGGGGAUUCUUGUUUAAUCACAUAGAGGAAAGAAAAGAAAGUUUUUUCCCCCUCCCCCAUCCAGUCCCUUUGCCAUACCGAGUCUUGGCGUAUCUUCUCAUGACUUAUUCUUGUUCCUCUGACUCGUCUUGUUUAUCAGAGAUCUCUUCAGUUAGCAGUCUUUACUCCCCUUCCUUCCUUGAAAUAUGUGCAUUCGCUUCCUCCUAAUUGAUUCUUUUGAAGUUCUUGCAGCUAGUGGCGCGAAUCAGAGACAGCGUCCAGGAGCGCCGAGAUCCCACAGGACGGCAUUCUGCCUAGUGCCCCCAUCCCCACAAAUUCGGGGGUGGUAUAGGGCACAGCAGGCAAGGGCAGCCCCCCCACAACCUUGGGGGGGUAGGGAGGCUAUUUACUCCCAUCACAGCCUCCUAAUUACCUCGUGUGGGUCGGAGAGAUGUUAUUGUCAGCCAUCUUCUGAUGCACCCCUAGUGGCCCCCUCCGGGUCUGCUUCCCUUCUGCCCACCGGGAAGCUGAUGCACUGAAAAGGGAGAGAUGGGGUCCUCACUUGCUGGUGGGGAGCUUUGACAGGGAGCUGCUGGGAGAGGCUCCAGUGUCUCCAUCAAAACCGUUCCCACCCGCCUCUUCGAGGCUCCCCUCCCGCAUUCCUGCCAUGCAUAGGAGGCUUGGGAGGCAAGCUGCACGCCCGGGCGUGCAGGGAAAGGGGAGGCCACCGGCAAAGCCACGCAGCUCCCCCACUCGCUGGGGUGCCCCUGAGAGGCCAGCACCCUGGCGCAAUGAACCACUAAGCCCUAUGGGAAAGACGGCUCUGUGUGGGGGUGCCUUUAAGGACAGUUUUGAAACUGGUGUGCAAUGCCACUGGCAAGCAUUUGACCUUGGGAAUGAACAGUCUGGACACAUAACACCAGUCUUGGCACAAUUGCACUGGCUAAAUGUUUUCAGGCACAAUUCAAAGUAUUGUUUUAACCUAUAAAGCCUUCUAUGGCUCAGAACCCCAGUAUCUGGCAGACUGAGGCAGUGGUUGCUGGGGACAGUACUGGCAGGCAGCCCUGACCAUUCCUCCUUAACUCCCCUGGCUGUUGCUUUCUGUUGGAGGAUAGAGCUGUGUGUAUCAUUCAGCCCACCCUGCACCCUGUGAGCUAACCUGCUGCUCAGGUGUGAGUAGAGGGUACUAUCCCAUCCCCAGGGUAGAAGCAAUUUUCAUUUGCUAGGGCCUCAGGCAGCAAAAUAUCCUGGGUAAGUCCUGGUAGCACAUGUUUAAAAGUUACAAACAGUGAGAGCAUGAUGGAGAGGAGUUAUCCCAUUGACACAUGCAGGCUUACAUUUCACACUGUAUAGUGGUCCCUUGGUUGUCGAACUUAAUCCAUUUUGGGAGUCUGUUCGAAUCUCGGAACCGUUUGAAAACCAAGGCGUGGCUUCUGAUUGACUGAAGGAGCUUCCUGCACUCAAUCAGAAGCUGCGUAAGCUGCGUCUGAUGUUUGGCUUCCAAAAAAGUUUGCAAACCAGAACACUUACUUCCAGGUUUGCGGCAUUCAGGAGCCAAUUUUUUGGGGAGCCAAGCCGUUCAACAACCAAGUGCCACUGCAUUCACUGCUGGACUUGGUGUGUUACGUGGGAGUGAGGAGGGAAGUAUGGCAUUUUCCUAACAAAAUACUUUGGUUUCUUAACCUACCUCUCAGGGUUGUUGUGGGGGUGGAUUGAGGAAUGGAAGAACCACGCAUGCCACCUUUGAACUCCUUGGAGAAAAGCGUGGGAUAUAAAUGCAUUAAAUAAAUACAUAAUACCUUGAAGUGGGAAAUAGCACAUCUCCUCACAUGAGGCAAUGCAUAUAUUUGCACUAAAGGUUCAACAUCUAUCCCUCAGGGCGUAUGUGCAAAUUACCCAGCUAGAGCGCCAGCAAAGAGCGUAUUGCACUGAAACAAGACAGUUGCAAUUUGGGAGGUUCGCAUCAUGACUCCAGGGGAGGGAACGAGGAUUGAUCAAGUGUGGAAACUAUCACUCCUUGAAGCUGUAGCAAAUAUUCAAAUGGAAAUCAAAUAAAAUUUCCCAAGCUGGGGCCAAUUUGUUUAUUCCGUUUCCACCCGACCCUUUGCCUGGGGAGCUCAGUAUGGUGCACAUGGAGGCUACUGCAUUUUACAUCCCCACCAACCUGUGAGAUUAGGGUUGGACAACAUGGCACCCACCUGAUGUUAAAGCAGUGACUCAUAUCAGUCCUCCCCAGCAUGACCCGUGGUCAGAGAUGCUGGGAGUUAUAGUCCAACAACAUCUGGAUAGGCCCACAUGGGCCUAACCCUGGGUUAAGAGAUAGUGAUUUGCUCAAGACCACCCAUGCAACAUCACAGAUGAUCAGAGAUCUGAACCCAGUUGCCUCUGACCCAAACCAAAAGCACUAUCCAUUUCAUUGCUUUGGCUCUCCAUUAUAUAACCAGCCAAUAGUUCCUUCUCAACUUCAGAAAGCAUAUUAGUAGGGCAAUGCUUGAAGUGGGGAGGGACUUCUUUUCUGGCAGACCUAUCAUCAUUCUUUUCACGCGAACAUAACAGAGUCAGGCCUAACCACUCCACUUCCUUUUCCCUCCGACUUCAGGCCACUGGUCCAGGAAAUCAAGUUGGAAGGCUCAAAGCAUAGAACCGCAAGACAGGUUUGUGUAACAUUUGCAUAGCCCAGAGCACCUUAUAGCUUGCACAGAUGAUAGUUAACAAUCUGGGUUAUCAAACAGGGUUAGGCAACUUCUGUGUUUUAAAAGAGCACAAUACCACACUUUUAAAACGCAUCCACGACCUAUCUUGCAAGUUCACUUUUAGAUACAGUGGUACCUCAGGUUAAGUACUUAAUUUGUUCUGAAGGUCUGUUCUUAACCUGAAACUGUUCUUAACCUGAAGCACCACUUUAGCUAAUGGGGCCUCCCUCUGCCACCGCACGAUUUCUGUUCUCAUCCUGAAGCAAAGUUCUUAACCCAAGGUAAUACUUCUGGGUUAGCGGAGUCUGUAACCUGAAGUGUAUGUAACCUGAGAUACCACUGUAUAUGGGACCCAAAAGUAUUGAAGGACCUAAAAUUUAAAAUGAGCAUCUUGAAUUGUGUCUGGACUGGAAGACAUAGUGGUCAAGCACAGUAGCUCAAUGGAAAGAGACAUGCUCUGCAUGUGGAAGUUCCUGGGUUCAGUCCCCAGCAUAUCCAGUAAAGAUUGGGAAAUACUUUGUAUCUGGACCCCUAGAGAGCUAUUGUUAGUCAGUGUAGACAGUUCCGAGCUAGAUGAGCCAAUGGUCUGAUUGAGUUUCCUAUGUUUCUAAGUGGAGGACCAGCUUGAUCUGAUUUUUGUCCUCCCUUUGGACCUCUGCAUUCCAGGGCAGCUGCAGCCUCUUCUAAAUCAAGGAGCCUUUUACGCCUGCUCCAGGCGGAGACGUGGAGCCCAGCAAGUGGGCCUGAUCCAUGAGUAACCCUUUGUUACAUUCUCAUGAGAAAGGAUCUGCGGUGUGAAUUCUGAAAUGAGUGACAAGGGCAAAAUUCCUCUAUUGACAGAAAUGAUUACUUACCCAUUUUAUAAAGUUUUAGCAGAAACUUGUCUCCCCCCUGGCAACCUCUGCUGCCCCUUUCUCACCCUCUGCUUCCCUUAGGCGGUCUCAGGGUGGGGUGCAAGAGGCCACCUGUUAUUAACUACCAGCUUAUAUAAGGAACUUUACAUAUACCUGGCAGCUAGUUUUUUAAAAAAAACAAUUUAGAAAAGGGUCAUAAGGUGAAGUCUUUCAUCCAAGUGAGCCCAGAGGUUUGGAUAGACAAAAAAAAAAAUGUUCUCCAUCAAUGAGUCAUGCAGUGAGACCCUAAGCAUGAAUGCUGAAAAAUAAAUGCCAUUGUGAGCCUGGGAUGCAGCCUCACAGUACCAAAGUCAACUAGAUUGCCUAUUCCUAUGAGGGAUCACUCCAAAGCCACAUAUUUCCUCCCUCCUGCCCACACAGAGUAGAAAUCCAUUAUCAUGAGGCUGGAACCAGAUAGAAUCAUAUAUGUGGUUUGGUUCUCUCACACUCAGAUCAUCUCACUGAAAUGGAGUUUCACAAGAUUCACUUAAGUUACUAUUUCUUUUUACAAUUACCCAGAUGGACCUUGAAUACAUGUAGAUCUUCAAAGAUAUAUGUCAAACUGGUUAACUCACGUAAAUAUUCUAAGUUGAUCUGACACCUUUUUGGGGACUCUGAAAUGAUGAUCAAUCCCAUGUAUUUUUAAUCUCUUGUAGGAAGCUGCCCAGAGUGGCUGGGGAAACCCAGCCAGAUGGGCGGGGUAUAAGUAAUAAAUUAUUAUUAUUAUUAUAAAUUAUAUAUUUCCUUUUCAGCUAUUUUUACGUUAUGUUCUUUAAUAUUUAUUUUACUUGGAAAAAUAUUGGCCAUGUUUUGUUUUUGUGUUGCUGUUUCGCUGCGAUCAAUGAAUGCAGUGUUUUAAAAAGUUUUACAAUGCAAGCAGCAAAAUAACUGAGGGUUAUUUUAAAAUGUGGUACAUUUCAGUUCCAAAAAUUAACAACAUUUUCAAGUCUGAAAUGGCAUUAUUUGAAUUUGUUUUUUGCUCGUAUUUAGUUAUCAGAUCAAAACAAUUAUAACCUGAUGCAUUAUCACUAUCUUGAUGGAUUUUCCCCAUGGGCUUAAUGUGCUUUAAAUAAAAGAACCAUGUAACGACACCCACAAUUGCUUCAUAAUCUCUGUCUAUCUUUUAUGAUGAUUCAUUUUCUGUUCAUUUGCACACUUGAUCAACAGCUAAGUGCUUAAGUGCAAUACAGUACUAAAAUAAUGAUCCACAUCCUUGUUCUAUUUCUUCAUAUUCUUCCACCCCACCCCCAGACUUAUCAUCUUGCAAAAGUGCUCUUUCCCCUUCCUUUGAUAGUUUUGUUUAUACUAAGGCCUGCACCUCAAGGAGUUUAUUUAUUACCUGCCUCUAGAAACACCUUGAUACUGCGUAGGACUGGUUGAACAGGAAUGGUUGGCAUUAUUAUAAUUAAAAUAGGUCAAAUUGUUACAUUUCUGAGUUGUCCUUCGUUCUACAGUGUAUUUGCUGAGCUAUAGAUCACAGCUAUAGAAGCACUCGAGGCAAAAGUUCCAAAUGUAUACAUAACAUAGGUGAAACUACAAGAUGCUAAAGAGGUCAAGGAUCCACAAGGCACUGUAGCAGAAACUUCAAGAGAUUUCUAGAAUGUGGGUGAACUUUUACCACAACACAAUGCAUCUUUGAAUGAGGGUGCUGAUUCAGCCUUGCAGAAAUUCCUAACCUCAUUUUCUUCAUGGCAGACAAUUCCUAAGUGACCGGCCCAUGGCUAAAUAACAAUACAGAGGCAAGAGCUGUGAUCACAGCCUGUAACUGCCCAACACUUGGCCACGUGUAGGUUUCUUGAACUUGUGCCAACUCCUGCAUCAUUAUAAAGUAGCUGAUUACUAAAAUCUCACGCAGCCUGCCACGAGUCAUCGAUGCCUCCAGAAGAGCACCAUCUUUCCUUCUGCAGGAAGGGGAGGGGAAAGGGGUGGGACUUUGGAAGGAAAUUUGAAAGGCAGGCUUACUGGGAUGAGGAUAAGAGGAACUGCCUGCCUUAUUAAAGGACCUUCCAUUGGUGAUGCUCACUUCUCACUCCAGCUUCCUUACAUUUCAUUUCUGGGUGAAGGGUUUAGUGGCGCAAAGAUGAACGAAGCACGGCCACGUUACAUCAUCAACCGUCCAGCUUAUUCUAGCAACUACUUUGAUGAAGAGUUUGAGAGAAAAACUAGAAGUUACCCACUUGGGGAGAAAAUAAAGAAUAUUUUCAGGUAUGUUGAAAGCCAUACAUUAGUGUUGUAACCACUUUGAGGUGUUUUUUGUUUGUUUGUUUUUUAACAAUGAAGCCCUAUAUAAAUUUUAUGAAAGAAAAAUAGAUAAAAUAAAAUAAUGUCCACAUGCUGUCUAGAUUUGUGGUGGUGGGCAGUCCAAUUGAAACUUUGAAUGAGAGAUUGCUAAUUCCAUUAUUGAGGGAGUUUUGCACAAACCAGGAGCAAAGAGGCAAUCUUAAUCCAAGCAUUCCCACAAAACUGAAGUGAGGUUUUAAAGCAGAAGCUGGAUGUUCACCCAUCAGAAAUGCUAUGUGUUGCGGGGCUGGACCAGAUUAUCUUUCAGGUACUUUCCAUCUUUAUGAUUCACUUUUGUGAUUUUCCAACAAAUUCUCCUACAGAAUUUGUAACCCAAGCAGUGAUGCAGAGUUGGUUAAGUCAGUGCCGUAUCAGGCAUCAAAGUGAAGUGGAGAAUAAUAAACACCUCAUUCUCAGUUUUUCUCUUUUUCAGUGUUAAAGAUUGUUGCUAAUUGUUUAAUAGCAGACAAAUUUGUUUCCACUGCCACAGCCAAGAGAGAUUAGAGUAAGCAAACUGUACAAAUUGUAGAAGGCCAAACAACUUUUCUGACACUAGCCAUCAGAGAAACAUAAUUAUGUAGAUAAGGGAACUUGUACUGAUUCAUUGCCACCAUUGCUGGCUUGUUGGCUUUACUCACCCUUGAAUAAAUAUAUUUUUUCCAGGAAGGAGAGCGCAAUAAUAUUGAUACCCAUCCUCUAAGAAACCCACCCAACCCCAAUGCAUAUUAGGAGUAUUUGAAAAGAAUAAAACAACUGUGAAGAAGACAUUUGUGCCAGCCAUCUUCCUAGUUUUGUCAUCUUCACCCAGUGAGAGUGCAUUUGUGGCACUUCAGUUGUUAUUGGACUCAGUUUUCAUUAGCCUCUGCCAGCACAACCAAGAGUGCAGCAACAUCUAAAAGGCCAUGGUUUCUCCAUCCUGUCAUUCAUUUUUUUUUUAAAUUACAUUGUUGGUCCUUUAUCAUUUUAAAGCAAAUUUAAGUUCACUAUAUACAGUGAUGCAUUGGGGCUCUAGGUGGGAGAUCACCCUGUUUCAAAAAGAGGUCAAAAUAACAGUGAAGACUUGGUUUAUGCAACAGUGUUUCCUAGAUACCGUAUUAUUCCUUCUUGGUAUUACAUGGAUUAUUUCUUGUUCAGCUAAAGAAACAAGGUGUGGUACAUAAAAUUAAAUGAAUGACAGGCCCUGCCCUGAGGCUUACAGUCUAACAGACUAGACACACAUCAGAAAGGGAGGAGUCAAGGGGAAAACAGAGGUCUGAGGUCAGUUAGAAAAUGUCAGAGGGAGAAGUGAGCUUUGAUCAGUCCCUCAGCAGAGUGAGCCGGUGUGCCCUUAACAGAGGGGUGUGUGUGUGUGUGUGUGUGUUUGGUAGGAGGUUGCAGGUGGCGGGGAGAGUUGAAAUGAUUUCUGGGGUCUUAUGCUGCUCAGCGAUUCUCAUGUCACACAUCCUCCCCCCCUUUCUCACAGAGAGAUUAAUGGAGAAGCACCCACACAUAGAAGCAGUUCACACAGUCAUUUGGCAUGGUGCACCACUCUUUGGUCAUUUCUUGAGGAAAUGGUUGAACCUCCUUUGUCAUAUGAUGGGCGACAUUCUUAACAACAACAACAACACUUUAUUUAUACCCCGCCCAUCCAAACAGUUCCCAGAUAAUGUUACCCACAUCAGUCAGUGCUUUGCUUGAAAUUCAGACCCCAUGCUUAGGGAUGGAGUUGUGCUUUUUUUAAUGAGUUCACAUUUAAAGAUAAGCCCACCAAACUGCCACUUUCCAAAUCCAUAUGCAAACUGAAACACACUGCUCCUUUGAAAUUCACCCUUUUCUGAAUUUUGUAUUGCAGUGGUUCAGCCAAAAAAUUAUAGAAAUGAAUAGAAAUGCACAUAUUAGUGAAGAUAACAUACAAAGAUGCAUUAUAUAUGGGGAAAUGGCUCUGCAGAAAUGUGUACAUACAGCAAAAUUGCAGGCAAAAAUGUGUUUUAUUAGGAGAAAUUUGAACUGAAAUGCUAAUGAAUUUUCAUGAGAAUUUUGGAUCUAUUAAAAAAAAAAGUUGCAAAUUUCUGAGGAAAUGUGGAGAACUGGAUUUAAGACUGUGAAAAUGAAUAACUGAAAGAAUCAAAACUGACAGGUCCAUAAACCCCUAACCACUGUACUUAAGGGACUUGCUUAGAUGCAGACAAAAGGAGCACAGAGACCACACAGCAUUAGCAGAAUAAGGUGUGUGAAUAAAUACAUCUAAAAGCACAAGCCAUGUGCAGGAAAUAAGCAACUUGCAACCAGGUGUUGGAUCCAGAACAUUAGUUUUCUCCACAGGAUGUGUUUGUACUGCACUGCAGGACUUUGGGUGGAUGGCCAUUUGAUGUAUAUAUUCUCUAGAUGUCGACUGGGUGAAGGCAUUGCCAAGCAUGCAUUAAUUAAGUAAACUGGAUGCAUUACUUUGGAUUACACAAUGAUGUUGACUUUAGAUUUGGGUGGCACCCAGCAUGAUUGAAUGGUCUCUUAAGUAGACAGAGCUGUGGAAUCAUGCCAAAGGAAUAGCUGCUCUCUGAGUGACUUCACAGAUGCUCAGAAGAGCUCCACCUAGGGGAGAAAAAAUAAGUACAGACAUAGCUAUUUUAGAUACCUAAUUCAAAGCAAUUUGGUUCAGUUGCAAAUGCAGCACAUUCAUCUUACAUGGGACACAUUAAUGCUUGAUGAAGAGUAGCAAUAUCAUAACCCGUUGCCACUUAUUACAAAAGUAUAGGUCUUUUUUCUUUCGGUCAGGGCAUAAGCUCAAGUGUAACAAAAGUGGAGCUGAUGUUAAAGCCAGUCACUUUAACUUGAAAAUUGCAAAUUAAGCUGGGCUUGAGGCUUUUCACAUUGAACUGAGCAGUCUGCUACAAGGUGUCACUGCAACUGAGAGCUGAUUCUUGCCUCUUCUUUGCCUUAGCUGGUGUGCUGUCAAUGUUUUUCAGCUUGGACUGCCUUUUGCCUGUGUUUUUCUGCAUUUGGCGUAGUGGUUAUGUGAGCGGUGACUCUCAGCUGCAGUGCCAAAAGUGCAAUAGUAAUGGUAGGAAGAAAAGACAUAGCAAGAAGCCGCAAUCUGUUCCCUGGACCUACCCAGCCAAGCCUUCUCCAAUAGAUCUUGCAAGCCAUUAUAGGCAAGGGUAAACAGAACACGUGGUCAGCCUGAUCUUAGGGUGCAAUAACAAUGCCCUAGACAUUUCCACUGGACUGAUAUCAACUGUGGCAUCAAGUUCAGAGGGAAUGCAAGCAACCUGAACCCACAAAAUGCUUUGCAAAUCUAUCACAGCAAACUUCUGAGUGGUUAACUGUCUCUGACUUUACCACUCACUCCUUUAUAAAUAAAACAAUGCUCACAAGACAGCUCACAGAGGACACAAAAGUAGUGAAGAAGUAGGCUGGCUUCCCUGCUGCCACCAAAUGGUAGUCAUGCUUAUAAACGCUUACAUGUGUUGGGUCGAUUUUACCUUGAGACUUGUGUCACCAGCCCUCUGGCAUCUUCAUUGCAUCCUCUAUCUUCUCAUUUCCUCCCCUCCAUGUGUCAGAGAACAAUUAAAAGUGGAUCUAGAGGACAAAGGCUGUGCCAAUCCCACAGAGUCCUGCAUGCGAUUAAGACCAAAGGGGCUGAGGGUGGAGGUGGAAACAGAGGGCAGCAUAUAAAAGAAUGGAGGAGCCACCACUGAAGCCUGAAGCCUGAAGCCCUUCCAGCUACCACCUCUGGGCUUGGCUCCACUCCCUGGCUCCUCCCAGCCCCCAUGUGUCACAGCAUGCAUCAAUGCCCCCCACCAAUAUUUUAUUUAAGUUGGCGCCUCUGCCUGAGUCUCUCUGGGCAGCUGCAGCCAAUCAGGAAUAGGCAGCACCAAGCUAGAUGGGCCAAUGACCUGAUUCAAUACAAAGCAGCUCUGGGAGGAAGUUCCACUGAAGCAGUAGGACUAUCUUUGGAGAAAACAUUCAUAGGUUCUAAGUCAGUGCUUAACUGUGCAGUUGUAUCCUGUUGAUUUCUCAUGUCCCAUUGCUGAAGCAGGUCACAUACUUUGUUCUGCUAACUACCGUAUUUUUCCACCCCUACUUCUGGGAGCCCAAAAUCAAUAAAUCAGUAUUUUUAAGUUGUUCAGCUUUUGGGGGGAAUCGCCCAAAAAAGGUGUUGAACUUUUUCUGAGCAAUUCUCCUCUUGAUCCCCGAGCCAAACUCCUGCCUCGCCUCUCUAGCCGGCAGAGCUGCCAGCUCACCCAAGACCAUCUGGGGGGCGGGAAGCAUUGUCUUGUUCACAGAAAAAUACGGUAAUCCACUGAGCAGGCUGUAUCAGGGCUGCUUGAACUAAUAAUGUGAUGGCUUAUUACCCUCAUUGUGUUUAGCCACCCAGUAACAACACACAUUGAUUUUGCUGAAAUUUUGUUCGGUUUGACAAAGGAUCUUGAUUUGGACGUGUCAUUAGCCUGAGCAAACACCCACCACAGAAUUCAGCUGGGCAUCUUGUUCUCCAGAGUUUGAUGGAGGCUGGGAUAAUGGGGAGCUGACCCAUUACUGCAUUAAACACAAUGAAAGGCUAAUUAUGAAUAAUAGGAAUGGAACAUUUUUUCCAUUGUGUCCUUCAUGCCAGCACUGUGUGGGCGUAGAAAACCACAAGACCAAAACAGCAGCUCUUUGCCCUGCCUGCAUAAAGUGCUGGGUUCAGUCAGUCUUCUUAUAAUAAUUCACAAAAUAUCUAACAGUGGAAAAGUCUCCUAUUAAAUUCAGUGCCAUCUUUCUCCUUUCUCACUAGAUGUUCACCAUCCAGAUUCAAACUCAUCCUGUACAGCCUGUUUCCUAUUCUUGUAUGGCUUCCAAAAUAUAAAAUCAAAGAUUAUAUUGUGCCCGAUGUCCUUGGUGGAAUCAGUGCUGGGACUAUUCAGGUGCCUCAAGGUGAGAGAACUUUGCCCUUUCCAUAUCACUACCAAACAUGAGUAGUUUUACCAAUUGAAAAAAAAUGAGGAAAUGUGUAUAUAUCUUGCUGUAACACAUUAGCUAAACUAUGGCAGGUAAUAGAUUUCAGCUUAUGGCCCACUUUAGUUACGAUCAGUGAAAUGAAGAUGUCUAUUUACUCUGCUCUGGUUCAUACUUUUAAAAAUCAGCCCCUCCCUAAUGUGUAGGCACCUCACACCACAGCCAUAGGGGGAAGUAGCAUAUGAACCAGGGUGUCAACAUUGACACAAUACUCUUGAAAUCUGUCACAAAGUUCAUUUUCUCCAAAAGUGAGAAUAAAUCAUGUAAGCAGGCUCUUAUUGGGAUUGGAUAUCUGUAUGUGUGCCCUAUAUCAAACAUUACUACCCCAAUGCAUUUAUAAGGAUGGGACUGCACAAUGUGGGGAAUUUUUAACUGGAACAUGGAUCUGCAUUGGCAUCUUGGUUGUGUAAACCUCAGCAAUAAUGACAGAACCUUAAUGUCACCCUUAGCCUGCUUGCUGAGCACCCCAAACAUCUACUGUCGUCUUUGUUGCCUAACCUUUCUGAUGGUGCCAUGCUGAAAGGUUGGCAUACCCGCUGUAGAAUCUGCUAUGGUGUGUGGCAUCUUGUUUUCAUAAGGCAGACUUGAGCAUAGUUAGGAUGGAAGGUCUGAUCUGCUUUUCACUUGUGUUUUUUAGGUAUGGCCUUUGCUCUGUUGGCCAACCUACCUCCGAUCAAUGGGCUCUACUCAUCCUUCUUCCCUCUGAUAGCCUAUUUCUUGCUAGGAGGUGUUCAUCAAAUGGUCCCAGGUGAGGUCUUCUAUUCCACUAUAGUGACUGAAUUGAGUGCACAUACCUCCUCAAGCUUGAGUACAUAAACUGGAAGUUUGCACUAAUGCAUUGAAGAAAUUGCUGAAGGGCAGAGGUGGGGAACAUCUAUUGUCAAUAAAAUUGUGGCCUGAUCUCACUCAAAUAUUUGUUGACAUGUCUCUUAUUCUUGGUAAUGGGGGGGAACCACUGGCGGAGGAAGGUGGGUGCGCACCGCUCUGGGUGUCAUCCCUGAGCGGGGGUGACAUCCCUGAGCGGGGGUGACAUCCGGUGCGCCGCCAACCCGUGACUUGGACUCCCAUGCCUACCACGAGCCGUCGGGGGAAGGGGGGAGCUGCUGUGCCGCUUUGCCAGUUCCUUCCUCUCCCCUUCCUGCUCGCCUACCUCCUUCCCAUCCUCUCCCCUGCCUGCCUGAGAAGGGAAGUGGAGUGGAAGGAAGCGGGAUCGGUGGGUGCAUGCACGGCUAUCCUGUGCCUGGGAGGGCACCCUCCAUGCCCCUCGGGAGCACGCCCCCGCGCCCCUUGGGAACGCGCCCACCCUGUGCAGCGCAGGCAUAUGCUCUGCCACUGGGAGGACCAAAGAGUAGGGGGGAUGCCAUGCCAUUCAACCUGUUUCAUAAACUAGUUGCAAGGCUGGGGAAAAGAGAUCCAUAAUUCAUUUUAUGCCAUUAUCAGUCAUGCACCAUUCAGCCGCCUUACGCUACUGCCAGUUACGUAGAUGAAAUUAAGCAGAAGAGUAGCCCAGCCUGGCCCAUUGGUCUAUAUAUUUUUGCAGUCUUCAGCCUUCUUAAGCACUAACUGUCACUACAUACAUGAGAGAUGCUCUUCAUGAGUGUAAGCCAACCUUUGUGUGUGUGUCCCACAGGCACUUUUGCAGUCAUCAGUAUUAUUGUGGGGAAUGUCUGCCAUGAGCUGGCUCCUGAUUCCGACUUCCAGUACUUUAACCACACAGCCAAUGAGGUGAUGAUUAACAACACAGCCAUGGAAGCAGCCAGACUGGAGAUCUCUGCCACCUUGGCUUGCCUGACAGCCAUAAUCCAGGUAAGGAUGCCCUGUAUUCAGAACUGUGCAGAAGGCAGCCGUGCAUAGAGUUUGGCAUUAACUGCUCAUGUAUCGAACAGAAGGGAAAGCAAAGGCAUGACUAUACUAGCAUUUGGAAGCCAAUGUAGAAAACAAAGAUGGCUGCUUGAGCUGUAUGGAUGAACAUGUGCCUUUAAACACCCAUGUAUACACAUCUAGAAACAGUAACUGUGCCAGGGCAUCACAUGCAUCCAUAGAUGUUCAUCAACACAUGUUUAUGUGUGUGUGGCAUCAAUACGUCAAGUGUUUCCUACAUGAAACACUGGUAUACCAUGUUUGCAUAUCAUAUGUGGAGCUGCCCUUAUACUGAUGCCCAAGAUGAGGCAGCAAUACUCUUUAUAGGUAGUAAGCCAACAGCUAAAUAUUGGUGUGGCUCAGAAAGAUCUGUGCCCUGCCUUAUCUGCUGCUACCUCAUCUCUCCUGUGGCAGGGAUGGGUCACAUAUAUUGGGUCAGUGCCAUACUCCUACACUGGAGGAAAUUCCUCCUGCAACAGUUAUCUUAUUCAUUUCCACACACCAGAGACUAGGGAUGAAAGGAGCUCUCAAUUCCAGUUAUCUUCAGUUCUUCCCCUUUCUGCAGCAAUGUGAGAUUAUUAUUAUUUUCAAAUCCUCAUAAAAGUUCUUCAGCAUUUCAGUGUGCGGUUUUGACUAAGCUAUACAUUUUUGCAAGCGAUUCCUCCUAAUGUAACACAUUUUAGUUUGUUAUGUUCGCUUGCUAUAUUCAUUUUUCUGCCCAUUUCCUCCUGUUAUAUGUAUUUUUAUAAACAGUGGUUGGUUGGGGAACUGUGUUGCAAAACUCAUAUAAGUGUGAACUUUGAAGGAUGGCUAUACUUUGGUUCCCAUGUUGAUUUGGAAAGAGAAAAUUAUAUACACUCAACUUCAUUUGCAAACUGAACUGAAUUUCUUCCCUAUCCAAGAUUCCUGUGGACUAUAGUUUGAACUAUGGGAUAUCCUUCUGAGAAGUUGUGCUCACUAUUCCAUCUGGCAUGCCUGUCUGUCUGUCUGUCCAUAGAUAUGCCUAGGAUUUGUGCAGUUUGGCUUCGUUGCGAUCUACCUCUCAGAAUCCUUCAUCAGGGGGUUCAUGACAGCAGCUGGCCUGCAGAUCCUCAUCUCUGUGCUCAAGUAUAUCUUUGGCCUGAAGAUUGACUCUUACACAGGACCCCUUGCCAUUGUUUAUGUAAGUUAGUUACCAGAAGAUGAGAUGAUGGUUAUUGCCCUAAACUGCCUGAUAGUGACAAAUGAUAUUAAUGAUUAAUUUCCCUAGUCAACUGACUGGGCCCUGGAAGAGUUGGCUUGCUGUACAAAUGCAAUAAUGAAUGGCUGAGAUGUUUUUCUUUUCUUUGCCUUAAAAUGCAAGAACAAAUGAAAAUAAUAAAAUAGAUUAUUAAACCAUAUAUUUAUGAAAGGAAAUGUAAUCAACUGGACUGAAGAAAGCAUGAGGUCAGGAAAGGAGAGAUAUUUCAAGAGAGAAUGGCAGGCUUGCAGAGUCUCCCAAAUCUUGCACAGAAGGCAGGAUUUUGCUUGCCGUGGUGCUGCAUGGCAGGAAAAGCUCCACCUGGUAAAUUUUCCCUUCUAGAUAACUCUUAAAGGUACAGGAGAACUCUUGGGGUCCUGUAAUUCUAGGAAAAGUGCACAUAAGUGUCAGAGUUACCAUUAAUUCUUCCACAUUUUAAUUAUAAGGGAUUAGAAAGAAAGCGUUUGUGGAGUUAUGGAGGCUGCAGGGACCUGCUGUGAGCCUCUUGAACCUUUCUCUGAAUUCCCAGCUGGAUGCCGUUGUUGGAAACAACAAAUCAGAUUAAAUGCAUCCUGUCUGGUCAGGCCCUGCUUACUGACCCUAUAAUUAAUCCAGAGCUGGCCACUGCAGGGACUUUGCUGCUUUGAGUGCUAGCAAGUCUCAACAGCAGACUACAAGGCUAAAUAAUGGCCACUGAUGGACCAUCUUCAUGUCUUGGAAAACAAACACCAUGGCAUAUCUCCCAGUCAUGCUGAAAAAUGCACAUGCUGCCCUUUUCUUUUUUCAUCCUUCUUUUCUUUUUCUAGACCUUUAUCGAUAUUUGCAAAAACUUGCCCAAGACCAAUAUAGCCUCCCUCGUCUUUGCAUUGAUCAGCACCGUGCUUCUGAUUAUCGUGAAGGAGCUGAAUAUGAAAUACAUGAAGAAGAUUCGAGUCCCCAUUCCCAUGGAGAUUGUUAUAGUAAGUAGUAGAUCCUGAGCUCUUUCUUUCCCCUGCUUUUAUCCAAGUGGUUAGUGGGCAUUAGAACCUCCACUGUAGUCAGUGCCUGCCCUCCCUUCUCUUCAGAUGCAGAGAUAAAUUUAUAAAAGAGCUGUUGACUAUUCAGCUAACAGAGUGGUCAAAAAUACACCCAAGGAGGAAAUUGAUGCAAUAAUUCACUUCUGGGGGAAGUAUUACACUCAAGUUUUCUGAUUUGAGAUAAGGAAGCUGGCAUGUGUCUGGUUGCACUAGAGGUCUUCUGAGUCCUUUCCAAAUGUUUAGAUUCUCUCCCCCCCCCCUUUUGCACAAUAAAUGUCCAGUUAUUUGUGCACAAAAGUCAACCAUAUCUGAUGAACUGGAUGAAAUCCUUCCCCAAUGAAUUUGUUAAGGUUUUGCAAGACUCUUGGCUGUUUUUAUUGCCACGAACUAACACAACUACCCCUCUGCAAUUUGAUGCAGGGAAUUCAACCAUCUUCAUUCAAGAUAAUGCUUCUGUUGUUUUAAUAAUAACAUGCUUUUCCAACUCUUGGACAAUUUCCUGGUUCAUAAGCCACACUAAGCUACAGCUUGGUACUAUAUGGAUGAGGGGCCACAAGUCUUCAUGAAGCAGACUUUCUCCCUCCACUUUCUUAGAAGGAGGACUUAUGCCAAGUUUGGUUUCACUUUCAACAAAGCUCUUUUUAGCAUUACUUAUGAACUGGGAGUCGCGGUUUAUAGCAACAGUUAUUUGCUAAGCAAGGCAGCUUCAAACCAGUCCUUAGUCUGUAAACCAGCCCCUUUUGCACACCUGCUGUGACAAACUGGUCCAUGCAGAAGUCGGAUCUUAAAAACGUUAGGGUAUUAUUCAUCUGCAGGCUCACAAACCUGUUGCUGAUACUAACUGCAUCAUUAAUCUAUACAUACCACCAAUUUAAACAACAAUGCAAACUUGUGCCCUCAGGUGUUUGGUCAGCCAAGGUCACAGAAGAAAAAUGUGCUGAUAUGGCCGGCUUAACCUUGACUCGUGCUUCAAUGAGUCUGAGUGAAAACAUCCUCAGCCUAUACAGCAGGAAAUGUCCAUGCAGAUAAUGUAGUUGUAUUCCAAAGUAUUGAAACAUGAUAAGACAGGAAGCUGUAGUAAGAUGCUUACAUGCCUCAGGUGAUCAGGGAGGCAGGAGGCCAAUGUACGUGCUGACACCCAGGGAGCACUUGUGUAAUUAGAGCUGUGGGAAAUGCAAAGAUUUGGGCAGACCUUGUCUUUGGUUUCAAUUUGCAAUCACUCCAAAGUUUGCUAUUGCAGCAGUGUGAAAUGAAGCUUGCUGUUCUAAUAUAGGAAUGUGUUACAUCCACUUUACUCUGGUUUUGAAUAGUAUUGGUGGAGGCCGGAUAGCAGAAAAAGCAGAAUUUACUCAAGUUUCAAAAACUGAAAUGUGCAGGAGAGAUGCCGUGAGAACAGGAAUCCAUGUGAACCAUGGCAAAAUGCCCGAAUAAAACUUUCUCUGACUUAUCAGCUUUAUUAUAGCGGUUAGCUCUAAGACAGACCUGUGACCAGAAAGAACUCUUCUCCCAGACUCUGAGAAUUCUCAAUUAUAUACUUUGAUCUACCCAGCAGCCACCAUCUUCUUGAUACAAAAGAGACUUUAAAUGGAGUGUCCUGACAAUAAAUGGAGCAGUCCAAUGCAUCCACGAAUUUAAACAUAGCUGGUAGAUAUGAUUAUGCAGGACUAACUUCUACAUUCAUUCAUGCAUUCAUUUAUUCACUAUCUACAGGAAAACUACUCUCAAUGGAUUUCUCCCCACUUAAUGCAAAUCAAAAUUUAUACAAACUGAGUCCAAUUCUCUGCUGAAGGAAUAUGUCAACAAAUUUAGCUUGUAUGAAACCGAAAAAUGUGCUGCUAGCCUAAAGCCUUUUUUAUGCUUUGAUUUCAGGUCAUUGUAGCUACUGCAAUUUCUGGAAGCUUUGAUAUGCCUGAUAAAUAUGACAUGCCCAUUGUUGGCCAUAUUAAUAUGGGGUGAGUCAAUGCACUGGAUUAUUCUCUUUCCAAGAGUUCCUUCUCUUCCAGAACAGGGAUAGCCUAAUGAUGCCAAUCCAUGAAUCCCACCCACUGUAUUUAAUAAUGAAUAUAUUCUGGAAUAAGGGCUGAGCCAGAUAUGAUAAGGAAGAUUCAUGAACUAAAAAUAAGAAAACUUGGAGAGUUUGCAGCAAGGUGAGCAGUGGAAAGAGGUUUUUUAAAAAAAGAAGAAGAAGAGAAGGCUUUUUUACUCCCACUCUGCUGCAAUCUGCCCCCCACCCCCUUUCUCACCAGCUCCCAGAAUUAACAACCAGCCAUGUUGAAGGUGAGGGCAAGAAUAGAUAAAAUUGUGGGCCCUUCUGAAAACAAGUUGAAACAGAGCUUGCAGUGGCUGGAUGUGUUUCAGCCUCUCUAAAUGGAAUGGAAAGUAGGGCAAGUUUAAAGUGGACAGUGUCUGCAAGCCUUGAUUUAUAUGAGUCAGUCCUUUAAUGAAUUACAAGCACAGUAUAAUUGCAAAGUGGAUAAUAACCAUUGUGGUAUAAAACUGUAUCAUUCAUUCUAUGCUGCCGUGACUAUUAUAAGGUCUGCACAUGUCAACAUUCCCGCGCUGAAGGAAUAAACAAGGGGUUUUUUGUGGGGGACAGGACUGCCUUCUAGGCUAUUACUAUGUUUGUGUGAAAUGACUUGAAUCCAUUAUAUAUUAAGACCAACUCAUGCAUUACUUUUUGGGGGGGAAACUGGGACUGGGCAAAACUGAAUCUUGCUUCUACAUCACACACACACACACCACCACCACCACCACCACCACCACCACCAUCUCUCUGGUCCAUUGGUUUCAUCUCCAGCUAUUUGUUUUCUUAUCCUGUCUGCUUGAUUUUGUUCCUUUGAUGUCAGAUUUCCAUCUGCUACUCUUCCCGAGGUGGGCAAGUGGAAGGACAUGAUUGGCACAGCUUUCUCACUUGCCAUCGUGGGCUAUGUGAUCAACCUGGCCAUGGGCAGAACUCUGGGAACCAAGCAUGGCUAUGAUGUGGACCCUAACCAGGUAACAUUUAGUGGCUCUUUACAGAGAGAGGAAAAAUAACUCACCCCAAAGUUGGCCAUUUCCAGGGUUGGAGUCUAGUGACUUGUCCUCAGAGAAACAGUGCUAGAUUUAUAGGAAGAAAAGCAGGGGACUCUUAAUGAUAUUUCCAAUCCCUGCCCCUGACUCCCCUCAGUUUUAGUCAGUUCACUCCCCUUACUCUUCUAACAAUAGUAUCUAAGAGAGCCAUCACAGCAAGUAAAAGGACCUCCUUGUAAUUCAAACACUGCUAUGGAGAGUUCCCCUUCAGACUCCUCUUAGUAACUGCAACACACACCAUGGACGGAUUAUCAAAGUUGCUAUCAAAGAGGAUCCAAUGGAGGCCGAGUUACAAUAGUCUCCAAGCAGUGAGGCAUUGGGUGUGCAACUGCUUGCCUUAGCAGGCUGGGCAAUUUUCUCAACAAAUAAUAAUAAUAAUAAUAAUAAUAAUAAUAAUAGGGAGAGAAAAUAAUAGAAUCAUAGAGUUGGAAGAACCAAAUGGGUCAUCUAGUCUAAUCCCAGGCAGAGCAGGAAUCACACGAAAAGGAGAUAACAUCUGCUCCACAUGAAGAGUUUGCCUUAUGGGAGCAGUCGGGAACUUGUGGCCCACCAGGUAUUAAUAGACUCAUCCCUGACCUACUGGAUGAGGCUGGUGGGUUGGAAUCCAAUAACAUCUGGAGGACCACAGGCAGGGAAGGCCUGUCCUGUUUCACCACCUGAGGCAAAACAGGAAAAUGGCACUCCUGCCACAGUUUGCUCACAGGGGUCACAACGGUGACAGAUUCUAACAUCUUGCCAGAAGUCAUUUCUCAAGCUGCGGCACCCCUUGGAUUCCACACCUAAGGCAACUGCCUCACUCUGCCUGAUGGCCGUGUGGGGGAGAUGCAGAACCCUCUAUUUGUAGCCUUCCUAAGUUGGUGCUGCCUUGAGCAGGACUGGCCCACAACAUUUUGGCACCUGAGGCAAACCACAAAUGGUGUCCCCCUCCCCACAAGGGAAGAAGGGGUGAAUGAAGAUGCGCAUCAGUAACAAGGGGAAAUGAAGGUCUGCAUUGGGAUUUGCUGCCCCUUUGGAUCCAGCCGCCCAAGGCAAUCUGCUCACCUUACCUCAUGCCUGCGCCGGCCCUGGCCACGGGUUCCUUGAUUCUUCCUUAAGGAGGCAGUUGCCAGCAGUGGUGGCUAUCGCAACUGCGGCUUGACAUAAUUGGUUGUUUCUAAUGUUAUUUUUAACAGAACAAUUUUUUCCUGUUUUUUGUCAAAGCUACUCUGGGUGCCUAUUGACAAAUAAGCAAAACAAAACAGGAUAUGAUAUUUCACAACAACUGUAUGAACCCCAGCAGUAAGCAUACUUUGUGCAAAUCUCAGUGCCAUUGUUUUAAAUAGCUCCUGUACAUUUCAGGUUGUGCUGGUCUGUUGCUGCUUGAUACCUCUACUGAGAACUGGCCCCUGACUCAGAGAAGAAUCUGGAGCGCGCACACACACACACACAGACUAUUUGCUGGAUAUUUAGCAAUUAGUUCAAGUAAUUAGUUCCUAAGACAUCUCAGUCAGAUUAAAGAGGCUUCUCCAAAGAGCAGCUCAGAAACUGUGUCUUCUGAAAAUGUGCAUCACAUGGCUGUGAUGUGUGCAUCACAUGGCUGUGGAGCGUGUCCUCCCUGGCUAGCACUUGCACAACCACAGCUUUUUAAAACAACCUGUAGCCAAGUGUGCUACAGGUUACUCCUGCAGGACCUUUCUGUACUGCUUGCUGGAUGAUUCAUCAGGGAUGAGAGUCUCAGAUUAGAGUUGCGGUUAAGGGAAGCCUGCAAUAAUUUUCCUGCUCUGAGGGUUUGCAAGAGAGUCAGAGAAUCCUGGGAUGCUUCUGGAGUGAGAAGAAGCAAUUUUCAUGGGGUGUGAAAGAGCCUCAGGUGAUGCGAUUGCAGCUAUGACGGCAGUCUUUUGUAUAAAUAACGCCGCCCUCACAUGUGAAGGAAGAAUCUUGGAGCUAUAUGACCGCUUGACCUACUUUUUGCAUCCCAGCAAUAGCUGCCAAAGUAACCUUACUGUAAGAGAAACGUCAUCUUGUUUGUUAAUGCUGCCACCUAAACUGAUUAGUCCAUUAUCCUUCUUUCCAUAGGAAAUGCUGGCCCUCGGCUGCAGCAACUUUUUUGGAUCCUUUUUCAAAAUCCACGUAAUUUGCUGUGCUCUUUCUGUGACCUUAGCUGUGGAUGGAGCUGGAGGAAAAUCUCAGGUUAUUAAUUUAUUGGUUUGUUUAGCCCCCUCUCUUCUCAAACUAGGAGACUUUGUAAGAAGAGCUCUGAGCAUUUCUAGAUCAUGGAUUAACUUGAACUAGUUGAACAUUCUUUUCCUUGGGGAAAUAAUGUGAGGAGGGCUUAGGAUCUAAAACAGUUAAUACACCACAUCGUCUCUAAAUGCAAAUUCCCAGAGCGACAUGGCUUUCAAAUGAAAGCAAAUGACUCUUUUAUACUGCAGGUAGAUAAUCAACCUGUUGUUCUGUUAUUGGAACAGAAUUGGCCACAUGAGUGGAUCUCCAAAAGCAGAUCCAAAUGAUAACCAUUGGCAUUCAUAUAGUACUUUCAAAUGUUUACAACACUUCAGAAACAUCAUCUUGUUGUAAUCCUUACAACCCUUUAAAGGUGGGUCAAUUCCGCUAUAUGGGGCAGAGAGUGGAGGUAAAGAAAAAGUGGCUUGUCUAAGGCCCUCUAGUGAAUUCAUGGCUGAAAUGAGAUUUGGACCAGGAACAGCCUGAUUUGGAGCUCCAUUUUCACCACCACAUUACAGCGCACCAGCCCCCCAGCACUUGCAAUUUGUAAUCAUACCCAUUUUAAUUUUUGUCAGAUUCCAAAAUAGAUAUUAAGAUUAUGCCAAUUUUUCAUCUGCAGCAGUUCAAGUCAUGUUGACAGUUCUUGUAGUUGAGCGAAGAACCUGUGGCCCCUCCAGAUAUUGUUGGACUCCAACUCCCAUCAGCCCUAGCCAGCAUAGCCAAUACUCAGGGAUGAUGAGAAUUGUAGUCCAUCAAUGUCUGGAGAGCCACAGGUUCCCCACCCAUUAUAGUUGGUCAGGCUAUGCGGUAUUAACAUGUGGCUUUGCAUGAUGAUGGGCAAACAGGAUUUUACAUCACUGUAUCUCAAUUUCCAAAACGGUAGCCAUCUUAGCUUGUUGCAUCCAAGAGUCUCGUGGCAUCUUCAAGACCAAUGAAUUUAUUACAGCAUAAGCUUUUGGGGUCCACAGUCCACUUCUUCAAAUGCAUUAUAUUACAGCACGUCUUUUGGUCUUGAAAGUGACACAAGACACUUUAAGGAAUCUCAAAUGCAAUCCUCCAUUAAACAAAUGGAUCAGAUCCAUUCUGUUCUGCCUUAUCUAGCUCUAUAAAUCAACAGAGCCCUUGCUUGGUGCUGUUCUGAACUUUUCACAGGGGAUCCAGAACUCCACAGGCUUGUCCAGAGGUGCCUGUCCUUUAAAUAAAAGGCAACAAAUGAAAAAUUGCGCAGCAAGGAUCUGUCUCAGGUAUAGGGAACCUGUGACCUUCCUGAUUUUGUUGGCCUCUCCCACCAUUCCCAAACAACAUGGCCAAUAAUCCGGACGAUCACACUCAUAGUCCAGCAACAUCUGGAGGGACAAAUAUUUCCCACCCCUGAUCUAUAGGCUAACCAGAAGCUCUUUGACAUAAUUCAAAAGUCCACAAUUAUAAAAUUGGCCAGUUUCUCCAAUUAAAAGCAGUGUUAUUAUAUGUAACCCCCCCCCAUGAUUAACAAUGUAGUUACUGAUAACAUGGCCUCUCAUAUAAAGACAACAAAUAAUUCAAGGCUCUGUUGCAAGCAAGGUGUGGAGCAGGACGAGAAACCAUCUUUCUAUCCCACUAAUCUCCCUCAGCUACCAGACUACUGACUUAUAUUGCUUUUUGCUUCUACUACUGACAGAUAGCAUAACAUAAAUUGCAGGUCCUUUUUGUGAUAAGUUGCUUUUCUCUCCUCAGAUGGCAAGCUUUUGUGUGGCAGUGGUCGUGAUGAUAACCAUGUUGUCCUUGGGAAUCUACCUCGGCCCUCUUCCUAAGGUAAAAAUUGUACCACUGAGCAUUAAGACAUACUUCCAGACUGUGUAGUUCAGACUUAUCUUCUGCUGUAUUUACACCACAGGGUUAUACUGGCUUAAUAGUCAUUCCCUUUCCCCAGAGAACCCCGGAAAUUGUAUUUUCUGAGGUGAUAUUGGGAUCAGAGAAUUGCAUAUACCUCCACCAAUUUACAAACCCCAGGAUUCUUUGGGAGAAGUUGACAGUUAAACUGGUAUAAAACCAGUAUAAAUGAGAAAUGUCUGUAUGCUUGGUGUCUUAAGUUCCCCCAUCUUUAACUAAGGGACACCUUUCUGUAACAGGCUUGGUCAAACAAAUUCCAGUGUGGUGCCAUUUUGAUUUCAGAUGGAAGGAAAUGACUGGCUAAAUUCAGAGUACUUGGCAGAAAGUUACUCUAACUCAGUGGUCACAACCUCCCCCCCCUUUUUUUUUUUGUCAUGUGAGCACAUUUGCACUGUUGCGGACACUGUUUCAGUUACAACUGGCAAGGAAAGGGAACAUGAUGACAGGAACCAGACAAGUGGCAGAACUCACUUCUUAUGAAGCUGCACAAUUUUGCCACUGAGGCUACAUUCCUAUGCAUGCUUUCCUGGGAGCAAGUACUAUUGAAAACAGACUUACUUCUGACUAAACAUAUACAGUGGUACCUUGGUUUAUGGACAGUCCUGUUUACCAACUCCGCAAAACUGGAAGUAGUGUUCCGGUUUGCGAACUGUACCUCGGUUUACGAAUGGAAGCCAAAUGGUGGAAGGGCACCGGCAGCAGAAGACCUCAUUAGGGAAAGCACGCCUCGGUUUAAGAAUUGUUUUGGUUUAAAAAUAGACUUCCGGAACGGAUGAAGUUCGUAAACCAAAGUACCACUGUACAGGAAUGUGCUAAUAGUUCCUUUUGCCUGUGACCUAGUUCUAGUAGGAAUUUAUCUUCAAGACAGUUUGGGCCUACUUGGGCAGGCAUUGUGUUGGAAAAGGACAACCACUAUAUAGCACAUUAAUGAUUUUUUGGUAAUGUGCAGCAAUAUCUGACUUACAGCAUACUCCUAUCAAGCAAAUGUAGCCAUUGUGGCAGAAACAGGAAUCAUACUGGGGCAGCAAAAGGAUGUUAUAUUAUUGAGGCUGUUAUCUAUUUAGUUAUCUUUUAGUUAUCUGUUUGUUAUCUAUAUCUAUGUUGUGUGAUCUUUAUUGCAGGCUGUGUUGGGAGCCUUGAUAGCUGUGAACCUGAAGAAUUCUCUCAAGCAAUUGACUGAUCCUUACUACCUCUGGAAAAAAAGCAAGCUGGACUGUGUGAGUGCCCCUUUUUAAAUGCCUUGUGAGAGAAGAGGGGAGUCCGAACCUAUUGUUUGGUAUGGGUUAAGUCACUCUUUUGUUAAGCACCACCAGCAUGAAGCCUAGAGUAUUCAAUGAGAACAUGAAACCAGGGGUUGGUUAUUGGCUUUUGCAUUUCCACAUGCAAUAAAAUCCCCUUGGAGGUUCCUAAUAAAAUCUGGAUUGCUAAGAAUAUCAGGUGCUUUUUUUUCUAAAGGCAAGAAUCUAGCCAGCAUAGCCAUGGAGAUAUAUUUCAGUCAUGUCUCUCAAUGAUAAACAAAUAUUCCAUAAGAACUCCAAGUGUUAAAUUCCAAAGAAAACAAUGCAGGAGUCACCUUUGAAUAAGUCAUAUUGCAUAUUUAUUCUGAUAACAAGAUUUCUAUUUCCUUGGCAUAUAAUUACAUUUUCUUGCUGGAGUUUAUGAAUACAUAGGAAUAUAUUGUAAAUGAAUGUUUAUGAACAGAGCCCAAUAAACAUAGCUUCUGAACUAAAAGUUCAGAUGGUUAGUGUAUGCAAUAUACAGACCUGAGCUAACAUGACCAAGGCUACAGUUGGAUGCCACUGUUUAUAAUGAUGGGAAUGAACCUUGGACGUGUGUACUGCUUCCUCCCUUUAUAAUGCAACCAUUAUGGAAGCUUUUGUUUCUGUUUUCUAAUUAACUGCAGAUUUGCAUUACAUUUGAGUCCUAGAUUUAACUAUGGUUUCGUUAAUCUUAACUAUGGCUAGUUUGAAAGCACUCAGCUUCAUAACCCGUGGUUUCACAACAUGAUUUAUUUUGAUGGAAGAGCACAGCCAAAGUCUAUUGCUAUGAUGCAAGCUGCCUUUUAGAGCCUGUUGCCAACACUAAUAAUACUGGUGGAGGGGAACAUAUGAUUCCCAUGCAAAAUGACUCAAGUUCAAUCUCUGACAUGCGAAAGAGACCCUGAAAAUCUCUUAACAAUUAAUACUGGUCUAGUCUAGUUCAGGGUGGCGCUGUGGGUUAAACCACAGAGCCUAGGACUUGCCGAUCGGAAGGUCGGUGGUUCGAAUCCCCUUGAUGGGGUGAGCUCCCGUUGCUCGGUCCCUGCUCCUGCCAACCUAGCAGUUUGAAAGCACGUCCAAGUGCAAGUAGAUAAAUAGGUACCGCUCUGGCGGGAAGGUAAACGGCGUUUCCAUGUGCUGCUCUGGUUCGCCAGAAGCAGCUUAGUCCUGCUGGCCACAUGACCCGGAAGCUGUACGCCAGCUCCCUCGGCCAAUAAAGCGGGAUGAGCGCCGCAACCCCAGAGUCGGUCAUGACUGGACCUUUUAGUCUAGUUCAGCCUAGUACAAAGGAGCUUCCUUUGUUGGCGCAAUCCAAUAUCUAGAAACUGUGCCUUGAAACUCUUAGAUAAUGGCCCUCCAGGGAAGAAAAGUCCUUCACAAAAAAAGAGAUAAGGAUUCCAGGCAUUAGCUGAUGUAAAAUUUACUGGCAUGUGUACCAUGGAAAAAGCAAACGAGCUUUAUAAAGGUUUGGUUGUUGGAUAUUUUAUCUGAACAAGAUUUACAACAGUAAACUAAAUUAGUGUAAAUUGUGCCAAUGUGUGUUCUCCAGAAACUGCUUUAUCCAAAUCGUUCAGUCAUAGACAUCAACAGUUUUCUUAAAAUGCUGUUCAAAUAGAAGCCAAGGGAGAUACUGCUUUGAAGUUCAGAAUAUGGAAUUACACAACAAUGGACUUGAAUUCAGUCUUGAAAUAUGCUGGGCAAAACACCUGACUCAGUGACGCACCUGCACACGUAGUUAGUUUGGAACAGCUUCACAGCCACAUACCCUUGAGUAAACUGUAUACAAAAAGGAGGGAUAUAAAUUUUAUCAAUAAAUCAUUUCUUUUCAGUAGUAAACCCCAUGGAGUUCAAUAGGGCUUACUCCCAGGUAAAUGUGUAUAGGAGUACAUGCUGAAGCAAGUCUGAGUGCUCAAUAAACAUAUAACUCUGAGCUACAAUAUCCCAACCUUAGCUUUGCAGAUAUAUUUAAAAUCCCAGGCCCGUCCACUUCAUCCAAGUAUCCCCAUUCCCCUCCCCAUUCUCAGUGCACGGAAGUGACCGGCUGUGUUUUAUGUCUUUCCACAGGUGGUCUGGGUGGUGAGCUUCCUGUCAGCUUUCUUCCUGGGCUUGCCCUUUGGACUCGCUGUGGGAGUGGGUUUUUCCAUCCUUGUGGUGGUUUUCCAUACCCAGUUGUAAGUAUUUUCCUGGUGUGGCCUGUGAUAGAAAUGCCCAAGGAGGGACAUUUUCCAUCAUUUGGGUCAAAAUUUCAAAGGCAGGUGCUACUCCCAGCACGUGGAACAUGAAAGCACCAGUCCCUGUUAGUAAACAAUGAUGUCAGUUUCAGAUAACUGCUAGCUAAUCUGCCAUUCCCAUAAAUAUAUUCCAAGGCUGGUAUAAAUAUGAAAGUAUUUACGUCAGGCUUAAAAACACCUGUGGCACAUAUCCUCCUCUGAAAUCCAUUAUAGAUACAAGGGAACUCCCACUUAUUACUCACUGAACUCUCAGUAUAAGAGAUAAAUGUGAUGCUGGACUAUGCUGAUAUUUCCUGUGGUAGCUUGACCCAGAGAGAAAGUCAAGGUGAAACCAGAUCAUGUAGUUGUGCAGUUAAUUUAAAAACAACCACAAACAAAUAGCUGGUGGGGAGAACUAAAACGGAUUAAGAAUGUGGCAUUUCCAAGUGAAUCUUUAACCCAUUGACCCUGCUGGGAUCCUGAUUUGAACCACACAUACCCCACCUCUAUUCACGAUGGGAGGAAAGCUCUUGUUGGCAUCAGUGAGCAUUUUCCUUUCCUUGUGAACAGCAGGGUCAAUGCCAACUGGGACUAGGGCAGGAACAAAUUGUGAAAGGCUUCCCUCCCCUGCCUCCACUCCUUCACAGUCCCAAGUCAACUCCCUCCCAUCCCCGUUAGCACCAGUUGGAAGAAAUGCUUUAUAUUCAGGGAGCAUCUUUGGAUGCAACUGUUUCAUCAUGGUAGACAAUAGGAAAGGACUAAGCACAAGGACCUCUGCUUUUCUUGGUUUCUCUUUUCAUACCACUAAGGCGUCCACCAGAUUAGGUCUUUCACCAUCUCAGAAAAAUAGGGGGGGGGGUGUUUUGCAGAAAUGCUUCCCACAUAGGAAUAACCUUGCAUGAGUGUAGACUGCAGGAGAUGCUUGCAGGACUCACCUUGGUAUCGCCCAUGCCUGCAAUGUAGAUAGGAAUAUAGAACCAGAAUGUUUUGGACCCCUGCUGUCUGUUAUCGUUGACGGACAGUCUCUCCCGUAAGGACUAGAAGGAAUCCCCAGACUUUCUUGCCCAUAUCGGCCUUGCAAAUUCAGGCCACAGAAAGACUGCUCCCUGGUGUGCUGCCAAUUGUCACCACAUGGGGGCACAUUCAUGACAAAAAAAAAUCAACUGUGGAAAACUUAAAUGUCUACCAUGUUCACAACACAGCAGUUUUCCGCUCUUUUGAACAUUGUGAAACACAUUCAGGAAAAAGAAGAAACUCAAUCAGCUUUUUAAUGUAUAUAUGACACAAUUGAUCCAGAAGACACACUCUUCCUUUCUUCACACCCUCUGUCAUCAAUUUAGGAUGGUGGUGAAGGAGAAUAGCCUGCCCCUUUUAUUUUAUUUCCUCCAACUGUGGAAAUCACUAUUUCUAGAGUGAUUUUCUCCCCUCCCAACAUCUCUCUUAUUGGGAUGAAGAGUGUAGAUUGGUUUCAUAAUCUCUCCCCCAAUUUGGAUGGAUCUGGAAUAGUAGUAGUAGUAGUAGUAGUAGUAGUAGUAGUAGUAAUAAUAAUAAUAAAUAAAUAAAUAAAUAAAUAAAUAAAUAUGUAUUUAUACAUACAUAUAUACCCUGCACAUCUGGCUGGGUUUCCCCAGCCACUGUGGGUGGCUCCCAACCGAAUAUUAAAAACACACUACAGCAUUAAACAUUAAAAACUUCCCUAAACAGGGCUGCCUUCAGAUGUUUUGGAACAUAGCAGUGACAGCCACAGGUAGUUAAAAAGGAAAAAUUUUGCCUGGCGCCUAAAGCUAUAUAAUGACUUAUAAUGAAGUUAAGCACACAAUCCUUUCUUUUCUAUUUCACUUGCAUCAUUGAACUGUAUUAACAGGAACUUCAGUGAAACUGAUUUUUUUUUUUAAAGGCUGUCUAUAUUUUGACAAUUGUUUCUUUCCAUUUUUCUUCACAGUCGCAAUGGUUGUGUCAUUGGUCCUGUAGCUGCUACUGAUAUAUACAAAAAUCCCAAAGUCUACAGCAAGGUAAAUGGGUCAGAAAAUGGGUCCUGUUUUUGCCAUCAAUACGCAAGUGAGAUGUUUGCUCUCUCAUCAGAUGUGAUUUGAGUCUGAACAUCUAUUUGUUGUGCAAAUUUACCUCAUAGCAUUGAUGGCCAAAGUUGGCCAUUAUUGUUCAGUAGAGUUUGAAAUUCACUGGCAGCAUUGCUCUUUUCUUUUGUAACCAUUUCCAUGGCUAACAUUGUGCACCACUUCCCAAACCAGCAGUGGGAGCUCACUGCUUGCAGAGUAAAUAGGAAUGUGUAUGACACUGGCUCUAGUAUGAAUGUCCAAUUAUGUUCUGUGCCAUAGGGAAUCAUAUGCAAGCCAAACACAUGGAACAGGCUCAGCAACCUAAUCACUAAGGCAUGGGUAGGCAAACUAAGGCCUGGGAGCUGGAUCCAGCCCAGUCACCUUCUAAAUCCGGUCCGCGGAUGGUCCGGGAAUCAGCAUGUUUUUACAUGAGUAGAAUGUGUGCUUUUAUUUAAAAUGCAUCUCUGGGUUAUUUGUGGGGCAUAGGAAUUCAUUCAUCCCCCCCCCCAAAAAAUAUAGUCCAUCCCCCAUAAGGUCUGAGGGACAGUGGACCAGCCCCUUGCUGGAAAAGUUUGCUGACAUCUGCACUAAGGCUCUACUUUGUAGCCUGUUUGGCUAAACUGAAGAGUCAAUACUAUCUGGGAAGGAAUUUCACUUUAAUUUAACUUUUGCAAAGGGUGAAAAGUGUGCAAGAUUAGGAAAAUGUACUUUCUGGCUAUUUUCUGUUCCCUAGCAAGAACAGAGAUGAAAGAGUUAAUGGAAAGUAGUAACUCUUACCAAAGUGACACUACUUUCAGGAAGCAGACUAGCAAAUUGAGGGGAAUCCACAUGUUAACAGGUGCUACAUAUUGAGUACUGCAACAGGGCACACAUAGCCUAGGAUUCUGCCAGCCAGCUGUUUAGGUGAAAGCUUGUGCUGGAUUGAAUGGUCUCCCCCAUCUGAGAUGCACUUACCGUACCCACCAAAAAUGUGUAGAUCUGGAGAGGGAGCCUGCUGCCACAGUGUCGCCAUUACCGCCUGCAUUCAUUUCUCCUUAGAUGAGUAUGAGAAAAGGGUUCUUUACUAAAUCUUCUUCCUUCUUUUAAACAUCUCAAAGAACUGCAAGUACCAUUUGAACCCUGAGAACUUUUCUCUUUCUUUGCAGGUCCGAGAAAUUGAAGGAAUUAAAAUUGUUACCUACUGCUCUCCUCUUUACUUUGCUAAUUCAGAGAUAUUCAGGGAGAAAGUUAUUGCCAAGGUAAAAAAUAAAAAAUAAAAAUCUAUUGUGUAGGCGAUGAUUAACCAUUUUUCACAUUACAGGAACAGAUAUUUACCUCAUGCCAAAACCAUUUCUUCAUCGCGAUGUACGAUUUUCCUCACUAAGCAACAGUAAAUGUCUUGCAAACAAAGGCGUAUAUUGGACCUGUUUAGUUCUCUCACUUAGCUCACUGACAAACGUUGGGAGUAAAUAAAUGAGUAAAUAAAAAAACAAGAAGUCAUACCACUUGGCUUUCUGCACCAUCAGUUUUCAGAGCUCAGUCUACCUUGCAGUGACAAGCGUGGAACACCAAAAGUUGUGGAGAGAUGAAUAAGCUUGGUAGGGAAAUUUUUCGAAAGGCUUGUCUGGCACCUACUCUGAUGCCUUUUCAGGACCAAGUGAAUAUAUUAUUUAUUUCCCUGGGCUUCUCUCUCUCUCUCUCUCUCUCUGUUGAUUUCCUCUCAGAUUUCAUUGUGGUUUCCCCACUUUUCUCUGUAUUUUGUUAUUUUAUUUUUAAAAUAAGUGUAUGUAUCAUUGUCACCACCGACAUCUUAGGAGGCAGAAGCAGUCACUGGGCAAACCAGUGUACUGUACUCACACUUGCACUGAAAUAUUUUGUUUGAAUCUCAGAUUGAAGCCAAUAUCACAGCCCUACCCAUUGCUUCCCAAUGAAUAUAACUCUUGCUCAAGUUAGGAAGACACAUUUUUAAAUGUAAGCGGGUCCACCUCUCGCUUUUCAGCUCCACCACUUACGGUAGGAACUGUGGAUUCCAUGGGUAGAAUCCAACAUACGACUAAGGAGAUCAUUCCAUUCUGCUUGCCUGAUGCAAAGAUCUUGCCUUUCCUUCCUCCUGCGCACUCUCCUGGGGAGUCUCCAGGACCACCACCACCACCCAAUUGGGGUGGGGCUCAAGGGUAGAGAGAGGGGAAAGCCCUGGGGGUCCUGGAACUGGCUUUCACUUGCAGGACAGGGUCGUUGAACAUGGCGGCCCGUUUGUUACACGUAGGAGUUGAGAACAACCUGGUUUACUGUCUUUUAUUUGAACAGACUGGUGUGGAUCCCAUCAAAGUCUACUUGGCGAGGAAAAAAUAUGUGAAGAAUCAAGAAAAGGCAAGGGCAACAUCAGAGAAAACAAGCAAACUAAAAUCUCUCUUCAGGAAAAACAAGGUAAUUUAGCAAUUUUCCUAGUUGUGAGAGAUCCUUUCUAUGUGUGAUACAUGAAGGGGUUAACCUUGUUGGAGUGACAGAAGGCAACUUUGUUGGGAACAGGAAGAGAACCCUACUUAUUCUGGCCUUUAAAAAAAAAAGUUGAUCUGUGUGCUGUAACAGUGGAAAGAGGCUAUCAACAGCCUAAAAAGAACUGUUGUUGCUGCUAGAUUAUGGGGUAGCAUUUGUUUGCCACUUUGGAGAGAGAUUUCACCAGCCUUCAUGGCCACUCCUAAACCUAACUGGGACAGUGGAGGAGCAGUCAGCCUCCAUAUAAUUUUUUUUUAAUUAAAUAAACUUUUUUUUAAAAAAAAAAAGUUCACAUAAUGAUGUGGGUAAGUCAUUCAUCAUGUGUGACUUCAUAGGCACUAUCCAAUAGAUGCCCAUAACUUUCAUGUACCACAUUUUGUUCUGCACCCACUACUGCAACUAAUGCACUAACUAGGGGGAAGGGAAAUAAAUUCCUUUCUCAAAAAUAUUGAAAACAAGUGUAACAUUUUUUGUAAAUUGCUUUGGGUCACUGUGGAGAGCUGUUGCUGGUCAGAAUAGAUAAUGCAAAGUGUAGUAUGGUCAAUGGGAGGGAUUUAAAACAAAAACUUAUCACAGUAGAAAAAGAAAAAGAAAAAAACCCCACACUCCUUUCUUCACCUGGCAGAACUUAGGGAAUACUGAUCUCCCCAACACCACCACCACACACACCAAUUUCCAUACAGUGGCCCUGCCCAUAAUUAAAUGAAAAUGAGAUGCAUAAUUUAAAAAUCGCUAUUUAUCCCAAGUGUUGCUGUUUUGAAAACUCUGGCCUAAUUCCUUGCCAACUGGAAGGACAAGAUUUUUUUAAAAAAAUACACAGCUAAUUGCCACAUAUGAAACAGGAAUUACUUGAUUAGCAAGAAGAUGUUUGCAAGUUGAUUUUGCCACAAACACAGAGUGUAUGGAAACAAACAAGCCUGCCUUACAAUGCAUGCACCUAUAGACCACAGGAAGCUGCAGGUUAGACCAGGGACUGGAUAAUGGUACUAGCAUGCAAAUUGUUGUUGUUGUUGUUGUAAAAUUGGGCCAAACUGGUCCAAUAAAUGUUGGACCAGACUGGAUUUUUUCCUAUUAGCUUUAUCAUUAUAAGGCAAAGAAUAUUCAUCAGUUAUUUAUUGCAAAUCCAGUGCAAGCUACUGAAUUCUACAGUGAAAAAUGUGAAGAAAAUGUAUGAACUUGCUAAAAUUGGGAAUUGUUGGGCCAUUCCUUCCUUUGCCCUUCAUGCGCCACUUGUAUUUUUUUUAUAAUCUAUUACUGUCUUUCAUUGGAAUUAUUUAGUUUAUUUCAUAAAAUUUAUAUACCACUUGAUUGUAAAAAACAACAACAACAACAACCAACAACCCUCAAAGCUUUUUACAAAAAGAAUUAGUAGAUAAACAACCAACAGCUAGCACGGCUGCUUAUGAUUAAUGCUGAAAUCCCUCAGUCUCACCUCAUUCAGGAGAGUACUCUGACUCUCUGGAGAGCCUUUUUCAGUAUUUCAAGCCAAUAUUUAAAUGAUAUCAUAUAAAAGUUUGUACUGUAUUAAUGUAUUUGAUGGCUGGUUUUGUUUUGUUUUAAUGGCAUUUUCUGAUAUUUUGCUAACCACUUCAGAUACCAACCAUGGUAGAAAUGUGAUGUAUGUGCAUAAUAAGCACGCAUGCAUGUCGCAGGUUCGACCCCCAUAUGGGACAGCUGCUAGAUAAUUCUCAGGGACCCUUCCAACUCUACAAUUCUAUGAGUCUAUGCAUAUAUAAUCAACAUAUAACAUAUGAAACAAAGAUUUUAUUUAUUUAUUUAUUUAUUAAAUUCAUUAGUCACGGUUUGUUUGUUUCUUUGCCAAUGCAACCCAAAGCAACUCACAAUAAAUAAGAUCAACAGCAAUGAAAAUAAGUUAGAAUAAAUAUGAACUUGAAUGUGGUCCCCCUUCCUUUGCUACAGACUAUGUCUCUGCAAGAGCUCCAGAAGGAUUUUGCAAGCAUGUCUCCGACAGAUACCAACAAUAACCAGACCUCCGCAAAUGGUAAAAGCGUCUCCUACAUUAACUUCAACCCAUCUGAAAAGCAGUCUGAACAGGGAACAAUUGCCAGUCAUCGCAGCAGCACCUGCAGUGCUAUCCCAGAAUCAAACAUUGACCCCAUGACCACAGCGCCCCCAUUUGUCAACUUCCACACAAUUAUCCUGGAUAUGAGCGGCGUUUGCUUUGUGGACCUGAUGGGCACAAAAGCUUUGGGAAAGGUCAGUUUUCCUCUUGUUUCCACCUCUGGUUUAUUUUUGUGACGCUGCACUGCCUACUGAAUUCAUUCUCUUUAAAACUUCCUGUUGAGCUCUCUUAAGUUUUAAUAACAAGAGCUGCAAUAGUCUUAUUUUUAAGAAAAGCUGACGGGCACAGGGUAGCAUUAGGCUCGUUUCAGCUAGUUGUAAGCGCUGCCAAAUAAGCAAUCAGAACAAGAUGCUGAAUCCAAGGAACACGGGUCAGUUCCCAGAAACAGACUGUGACCCUUGCACUCCUCCUACAGAUCUCCUUCUGCUGCACUAUUCAAAGUUCAGCCGUUGUUUACUGAGCCUGAACACUUGGUGAUUCCCAUUGCUGUUCCAGGGUUACACAUUGCAUCCGUAUCACCUGAGCUAAGCACUUUUGAAAAUGCAGUGCUACAUAUUGUUUGGUGUCCGCCCCCCCCCCCGACACUGGAAGUGUUAUUAUGCUAAUAUACCAUGUAUUGAAUUUGUAAUGCAUCCUAAAUUCAUGGACUCUCAGAUUUCGUGUUGUAAAAGCUAAUAAUGUACUCUCUUUCCCUCCCCCACCCCUGGUCUCCUCAUAUAGCUGUGCACCAACUAUCAGAGGAUUGGGAUUCAAGUAUUUCUGGCAAAUGUACAAGGUAGGUCUAUUGCUCUUUGUACCAUAUUUUCUCUAUCUUCCAUUUUGAGGGCCUUGAAAAUGGGCAGAGUAACUGCUGGAAGCAAAUAAAUAUAUUGCAUGUAAAACACACUACCAUUUUCAUAUUAAUUGCAAAAAUCUAGGUACUAUACAAAUUUACAAGUCCUGUUCUGUAGUGUAGUGUGGGGACUGAGUAGGUAUUUAAUAAUGCAGCAGUAACACAAAUCAAGUUCAAACUGAGCAAUGCCCUCCGACGUUAUAUAUAUAUAUAUAUAUAUAUAUAUAUAUAUAUAUAUAUGCAAAGUAGCCUUGGAGGCUGCCAGGCUAUUUGUCACUUCAAAAUUUGCUUUCACCAAUCUGCUUUUCUUCCUGUGGGUGAAAAGAUACUUGUGCACCCCAUCUCCCCCAUGGUUGGCAAAACAGCUGGAGGGGUGGCCAUAAGUGGAAGGGUUAAACAGGCUCUACAAAUCAGGGGAAGAAUCACACAUCUGAAACUGAUUGUUGCAUGUAGUUUCUAUCCCUCUAGUGGUAUUAAAUAUCCAAUGUGAAUUGGUUUUGUAUCAGUUUCCAGGUGUAAACUCCUUGUUCCAUUGUGGCUGCUUUAGCCAGCUAAAGGGUUCAGGGCAUGACACUUCAUAACAAAGCCUGUUUGUAGCCAGCAGAAAAGAUGCACAAUGCUUAAAAAAUAAAUAAAUCACACAACAGCAUAUGAAGAGGCAGGUAUAAGAGACUUACAUGAUUAAGGGUUGGUGUUUUCUUCUGCUUCGCUGCAUUAAUUUUAGAUUCAGGGUUGUGUUUUUCUGAAAUCAUUAGACAUUGCUAAUGGUUGUAAAUGUGUGACUUUACUUAACCAUAAGAGGUACGAUUAUACCUCAGAUUUCUUGAACUUGAUUGUUCUUGGAAAUGGCAUGCAAUUGAUAUGCCAAAGCAGCUUAAAGCUGGAAGAUGGAAACACAGAGGAGGGAUGGCACUUCUACUGAGGCAAAAGUAUAGGGUAUUUUUUUUCAUGAUUGCAAUUCAACCCGCAUUUCAACUUAAUAAACAUGUGAAAUCAUGUGGGCUUUCAUGUGGAAUAGGGGUGUCUCACCCACAGACUACCCUAAAACAACCUUGCUAUCCCACAAUAAUCUAAGAAUUAUGAGAUUUCCUUAAGAGUGUUAUGAUAAUGGUGGCAAAAUUAAUGAAUUACUCUACAUAUUCGAGCUUGGGACAGGGUUCUAAAUAAUGUGAGUCUCCAGAUUUUAGGGGUUUAAUGACACAGUGACUCUUUCUAUACCACUUCUUGUCCCAGAAAAAAAUAUUUUGCCAACACAUGACAUGAGCCAGCUGCUUCCAAGUGUACAGCUGGGGGAGAAAAAACAUUUCCCAACAAAGAACCUUAGUCCUCUUGCUCAAUCCAUUAACAUUUUGAGCUUCAAAUUCAAACAGCAAUAGGUCGUCAUCCUAGUUCCAUAUACUUGUGUCUGAUUCUUAACAAUUGCAACAGGCCCUAUGGGCUUUAAAUAUUAUCAUUUUUCAUAACAUAGGCCUUCUACCUAUUAUUCUUGCUCACAAAUCUAGUGUAUAGGAAAUGCCCUGACACAAAUAAUUUUCCAGCACACAGCUCCUGCUUACAGUUUAGUCUAUAUAACUUUGUCUCCUUCGUUAGCCCAAGUGUAUGAUGAUAUCCGCACGGGGGGAGUCUUUGAAGAAGGAGGUCUUGAGCCCAGUCAUCUCUUCGUGACCAUCCAUGAUGCUGUUUUGUUUGCAACAAUGAAUGGAAACAGAGCCACACAGCGUCCUGACUUAGAGCAGGUAAAGAUGAUUCACUGUCUCUUCACUCUUGUAGCCACAUACGUGCAGCUCUGUGCAUGUGUGUUUCAUACUCUUCUGCUUUCCUUUCGGACAUUGCCUUAGUGGUUAUGAAUCAGAUUGGCUAAUAGGCUUUUUCUUUUCUGACACUUUGAUCCUGCCCUUUCUCCAAGAAGCUCAAGACAGCGUACACAGUCCUCCACUCUUUGUAACAACCCUGUUAAGUAGGUUAGGCUGAGGGUUGUUGACUGGCCCAAAGUCACCCAGUGAGUUUCAUGGCUGAGGAGAGAUUUGAACUUGUGUCUCUGCAGUUUUAGUCCUACACUGUACCCAGUAUAGUAUGUAUGAAUGUAACCAAACCUUCUGCCCUCUUCCUAUUGUUCACCACCACUAACAGACUCACAGCCCUACACCGCACCACUGGAGAUCCUAUAAUCAAUUGCUCCUCCGAUCAUCAGAUACUGUACACCUAUUUUCAAGCCUAGCUUUGCACCUGUUAGCAACUUUAAAAAAAAUAAAUGCUAAUAUUCUUUCUGCCACAACAGACUCUGAAGAGGAAGCUUGAGGGGAAUGAGAUAACAGGCUCCUUUUAGUCAUUAGAAAUACAUAGCAGAAUGUCUGGUCAAUGGGUGUGUGUUGGUGUGCUAGAUUUGGGGACAAGGGCUGCAAGCUGCCCUAACUACUUUUCCAUUCCGGACUCAUUUUAUCCAGCUUGAGUCUUGAGAGAAGAUAGUGUUCUGCUGUUCCUGGAAACCUGUCACAGAUGACUAAGUUUGAAACAUUAAAAACAAAACAAAACAUGAAGUUGUUAGUAGUCUAGUCUAAAUGUAAUGGGCAAAAUCUGUUUGGAUUUGGAUAGGUGCAAAUAAAGAAAUAUUAAGUAUGGUAGGUGGCAGAAAGCAAGGACUAGACAUGGUGGCAUGUUAAAUUGCCCCAUAUCUCAGUUCUGUGUGUUCAUGCACAGAUAUAGACAGCAAAUCUAUACAGUUCAGUGGUUCGUCUAAAUGGACAUUCUGGUUUUGUGCUUCUUUCUCUCUAGAAGCCUUCACAGGUUGGCUUUUUAAAAAUUCCUAUGGAAUUGUGGGGAAGAUCCCCAAAUGAAGAUCAGCAAUUGAUUCUGCUAACUCUUGUGGAGAUAAAAGUAUUAACUGGCCUCCCAGAUCAAGUAAACUCACUACCAACCAUUAACUUUAUCUCAUAUGGACUGAGCUUUAGCUUAUUGGUCAUUACUAAUCUCAAACACUGAUUCAGCAUGCCUGCCACCUCAAUGUAUCUGGUUAAAAGGAGAAAUAGAGCCGGGUGUCACAAGCAUAUUGAUGACACCUCUCUCUAUUAACUUGCAGCUGAAUGUAUGAACUGAUUCUACAAAAACAUUUUAUAUGAAGAGAGGAAAGAUGAAUACCAUGGCUCAUUCAGACUUGCAAAUUGCCACUCAAUGCUGCACUUAUCAAGUUAUAAUCAUAGAUGUGUGAGUCAGUCUGCAAAGCAAACCUGUGUUGCAUGCAACAAACUAGCACACAGACGUUUUAUAAAAAAAAUAAAAAACACCCCAUCAUUUUAUAUCUAGCUGCUCAGCACAUGGGGUAGUCAUGGUCUUGGUUUCCUUAUUUGCAUUUCUUUGCUUGAUAAAGGACUUGUUGACCCAGCCUUCAGCUGACAUGAUGGAAUACCUAAUCAUUGUUGUAUGGCAACUGCUAUUUGUGCCUAAGAGAUUUGUUGAAGGUGAAACCAUCUGGUUAUCAUCUGGAUAUGGGGCAAAGGACUAAGUCCUUGUUCCACCGUGAGGCUGGGUCUAGCUCCUGAGGCACGAUAAGAAGCAGAUAUGUGGGGGCUGGGCAAUAUUUUUAGAAGCCUGUCCUGAACCACACACAGAUAUUUGUGUCUACAACAUUCAUGAAAGAUAUUUGUGUACAUUCUAUUUUUCAAACUUCCAACGAUUGCCACUCCACUCACACCCUUAACAAAUGCUAUUUGAAUGCACUGACCCUUCCAAGAACUUGAAGUGCCAUCACAUCAUCCAAACUACACUGAAACUAUUUGCAGAACUGUUGUCUCACUCUUAUAAGACUUUUAGUACUUGGGAAUGAAUACAUUAACACAACAAAAUACAUAUGUGGUAUAUGUCAACCAUAAGGGUUUGUGUGUGGGCACAUUACUGUUUAAUGAUUUGCAUAGAAUAAACUGCUCCUUAUACAGUCUAGAAAAUGUUUGUGGAGCUUGCUGACAUGUAGGUACAUGCCAGAACAGUGUAACAAGCUACAAAUAACAAUUAUACACCAUGUUACAAUACAAUAAAUAUUUAUUACUUGUAGCCAUAGGCCAUUGCAAAGAGGGGAGAGUACAACUGGAAACUUGGGGAAGGGAGAGUGCUCUUGAGCUUGGGUGCUGCUUGCAUGCUUCCCACAGGCAUCUGGUUGACCACUGUGAGAACAGGAUGCUGGGCUAGAUGGGUCAUUGGCCUGAUCCAGCAGCCUCUUUUAUGCUCAUGACCACAAUGUUUGCAGCAGCAGCUGAAAAAGUACACAACAGUUGCUGUAUAUACUGUCUAUUACUGCAUAACAUUGGGGAGAUCAUCUUAAAUAAAUAUAUAUUGAGCUGUCCCCUUGCUAGUAUUUGUAUUGGUAAUUAAAUCUUUUAAGAGUCUUGUGCUGACCUUUGGUUUUAAACAAAUAAAUGGCGGACUAGCAACAUUACCAUGUUUUUAAGCUUGCAAACAAUAACUGGUGAUUUGUCAUGCUUCCAUACAGAGGUCAAGUCAGAUAGAAGUCUCUAUCUCUGAUGAAUCACUGGAAGACAGCAGCGCUGAAUUCCAAAACUUAGAAGAGGUAAGUUAAAAGAAAAAUGUGGUAAUAAGUGAAAUGUCUGAGCGCUUAUUCUUCUUAGUACAUUUCUGGCCUGUUACUAGUAUUCUCAGCAUCAGCUACUCUAACCCAAAUCUUUUUUUUCUCUCCUAGGAAAUGUUUGGAAGCAUUUUUCAUUCGGAUGCACAGACAGCACUGUGAGCUCAUGAGAAACACUCAUACAAUGGCAAACUUCUUGACCAAGACAUUACUUUAUGAAGAGAUGUCUCUGUGUCUGAAUAGCAAGGAAAAUAGCCUUUGCGCAUUUUUGGAAUGGGACCAUUGGUGCUUUUGCAUCCCAGAGGCUUCUGACCUGAUGAUCUCUUCUGCCUCCAUUCAUCUCUGGUUAUUGAAAUGCAGAGCAAGCGAUUCUUGAAGCAGUUGGCAUGGGCAACAGACGGAGAAACUCAGGGAUUAUUCUUCAUCUAUCUAGAAGAAGCAGAAGAAUAGCACGACUAUAAUGACUUCUCUCUAGGCCUCAUCCCACACUUCAAGCAAUUCUUAUGAACCCUUAAGGGUGUAUCUAGCAUAUACACAUACCCAGGAACUCUCACUCAUCACCCUUGUUUUUAUUAAGAGAAAUAUGAGGAAACACAGAGAAUAUAUGAUUGAUCAACAGACAUAACUCUCAUGAGGUGUAGUUAUUUGGGGUUUGUAAGGGGACGUUUGCUUCCAAAGUGUGAACUGAUUUUAUAGAGUUCACACUAAAAUUAAGCAUGCCUCUGAAGAUGUUGCCCAAUUAUUCCUCUGCUUUCAUCACUACAGCCUAAUACAGCACUCUUUGUUUCUAUGGUCUAAAUGCACCACCAGUAUGUUUAGUGACCAUCCAUCAUUUCUUGAAACAUGUGCUGUAUUUGCUGCGGUACUGAGCCUUAUCAAACUACUGCCUAGAAGUAAUGUUGUAUUCUCUAUUACAACUCCCCAUUUUUAAAGAACAGUUCUGUUCAAGGGUAGGGGUAGGGGUGUGUGUGUGUGUGUUGGUGUGUGUGUAAAUUACUUUCCAUAGGAACUACAUGCAUAGACAGACCCUUUCAGAGUGCUUUGAAUCCAAAAACUGUAACUGUCUUUUGACUGCUGCUUCUACCUUGUGUCUAGAAAUUGCAAGAUAAUAGCUACUUGCACAGUAUUUUGGUGCUUUAGUUUCCUGUUCUCAAUAACUAAACAUUUAGAAAACAUUCAGCUUAAGUUCACAUUAAGAAAUAAACAAAGCUUCUGAAGGGGCCAAUUUUCCUGGACCUGUUUGCCAAUCCCAUACAUAUUCUGUAUGGGAUAAAAGGAUAAAUUGUACCUCUUAAAUACUAUAUUGAAAAUACUCAGAUUGCAGUCUACUCAAUGCUUAGACUUCACCUCAGAUGCAAUUUUGGUUGGAGGACUCUAACUUGAUUUACAGGACAAAGUUCAAGGGCAGCGUUUGGUUUAUUAUUUGAUCCCUCUCAAGCUGUUUUAAUCUAUGCAAACAUUCUCGUGGAUUUUCUUUAACGUGUGUCACAGACGGGGAGAAUCUACCUCUCAGGCAGAACUGCCUGACUAGUUAACCUAGAAGAAGUUGUCUUUUUAAAUUUUAUUUUGUAAAUGCGAAUUAAUUUUUAUAUAAAAAUGUGAACAAUGCAAAUGAUGUUUUAGUUUUCUGUUGUAAUUCCUUCUUGCAGCCCCAAGGUGUUGAAUAUGUAAUGCCUAUGACUUAAGGUUAAAUGUUCUAAAGUAAAUGCUAAGCCUAAGAUAUACAUCACAAGCCAAAGAACAUGAAAAAACAAACCAAAUAGAAGGUUGGCCAUUCUGAUGCGGCACUGUGCAGAAAUAAGCCAUAGUUUGGUUCAUCAUGUCUUCUGAACCCAGACUCACGGUUUAGCCCUCUCCAGAAUAACCAUCAUUUGCAUUCAAAGCUUGUCCUAUGGUUUACUGCUUGUGUUUUGUCUGCCAUAGCUAAAUCACAAGCCCAGGUUAAGACAAUACACUAAGUCAAACUAUGGCUUAACUCAGCGCAGCACAGCAGCAAAACAACAAGAGAGGAGUAAAGCAACUGCAGUCUUCUCUUCCAAAGGCCACACACACACUUGGGCAUGCACACUGAGAUGUGGUUUGGCUUAGUGUGACAUGUGAACCAGGUGAGGAGUGGGGUGUAAUCAAACCACUCUAGGAGUUUCCAAAGAAAAUAAAAAAUAAGAAAUGGAAAUGGAAAUAACUUGAAACAGAAAUAAAAUUAUCUCUCCCCCCCCCAAAAAAAUCUACAUUGUUCUAACUAGUGGAAAAUCACAGAGAUUUCAAAUGCAUGCUUAAUGUAGAUGAUUUUGGAACUUUAAAAAUAUAUUGUUUUAAAGCUG